AUGGAUUUCGAACAAGACGACGAUAGUGGAACAUUCACAUUAAGAAUAAAGUCCCGUUCUGGUAAGUUAAUUCAUAAGGUUAAAUUUGAUUUGAGCUUUAAAUUUUUGUAGUAGAAAUGUGACAUGGCACAGACAUUUACUGUGGUGUCAUUUACUCUUCGAUCGUGAUAGGCGUUAUCUCGCAUGACCGACCUCCGAAAGGCGUCGUUUCAAAAACAUCCUUUUUGUGCCUGAGGUUAGAUGAUCACACCUGUCAAACAUCACGCCUGUUUAUAGGCAGUAAGCUGUUAAUAGCGCAGCUGAAUGCAAGUAUUUUGGUGGCGGUUCUCGAAACUGCGUGGUUGUACUCCUUAACGAACGGAAGGGGUGCAGGCUGGCUCUUAACAAUAAACAUGAUCCCGCUUUUGUCAGCUGUAAAGACAAUUUCUGAACCAAGAACAAUUGGAGGUUCAUUUUUCCCGUGGGUUUUUUCAUUGAUUGCCUAGUAGCUGAUUUAAGAAUUCAUCUAAGCGCAGCUUUUUUACCGUCGAUGUUUUGUAAUUAAUGUCGGCCACUACUGUAGUUUGAACCCCGUCGAUUUGCUUUCUUGUGAAUCUUACCAAUACCAUUGUAAUCUUGUCUGAAAUCUUCAGAUUGACACCUAAAUAAAUGAAAAAGUGCCCAUUCGUUUACUUAAGAUCACUUAGGACAGAAAAUGCUGAAUAGAGCUUGGUGACUAGGGAGUUACAAAUCUUUCCACUUUUUACCCUCAAUUUGCCAUUCCUCCGCUGUAUGUAAACUGUCGCAAUAUACUAAUUUAAGGAGUGAAUACAUUUAUAUUGAAGCUUGCUGGUUGUGUUUUAGUUUGGUGUACGAUGACUGAAGCUCAUCUACUAGUAGUAAGCUAAAUAUUGACUUCUUCAGACUCUCGAAUUGUGAGGUUAUCUUUGCUAUUUGAAUAUUUUAAAAGUCUUAAAUUUCUAAGGAGCGAAAAUUCGCAGAAUACGUAUUGUGGUGUUAUAAAAUCUGCUACUUUAUCGAUGCUUCCAAAAAUCAACGUUUUUAUUGCACAUUUUGCAGAGCAAGGCUUGUUUAUUUCACGCUACUCAAGACUUACAGCUUUUUUCCGCACUUUAAUAAGCUUAAUACAUAUUGUUUAAAGACACUAUCAGCUUAUUGAGUUAAAUGAUUUUAGCUUAAAAUAAUAAUUGUGUUUUCAAUAUCAUUUAUUAGAGAACUUUGAUCGCGCGAAACCACAGUUGUGAUUUCAAUGGGUUCAUAAUUAUUUUUUUUUCUGUAGACCCAAAUUUAUCUAUACGAAAUUAUGAUACUAUUUAUUUUUUAGCUCACGUUAGAUUGACUUGAACUGAAGUUAUCUGUAAUCAGUUAAGGGGUCUCUAUAAUAAUUGAUUUGAUUUACUAUUUGCGUGAGUGAUCAUAUACAUCUGUAUAAUUAAUUUACAUAUCCAUUUGAAGCCCAUGAAGAAAAAAACAUCCUUGUCUUUUUGCAACUAAUUUUGCCUUGAAGGACCACUUACAUGUACAUGUACUAUGCAAAUGGUUAAAAAAUUAAGGUCAAUUAUUGCUAAAAUUUGUGUGGUGGCACCAAAAGGGGAGGGUAGAGGUAGGGGGGGAGGACAAAAGGUUUAAAGGGAGGGAGAGCACCUGCUAUAAAAAACCAUUGACCUUAAAUCAUGCACACUAUUUCCCUACUAAUCUGAUAACCUCAACUGUCAAUUAUACAAUUGUACAGGAUUGAUAAAUUUGGCAAGGAUUGAGCUAAGCUUUGGAAAGGACAUGAAGACAUAUCCGGUUGAUCAGAUGCUGAUUUGUUUUUAGUUGAGAAAUUCAAUACUUUGUAGGCUCCAUAACUGCAACCAAUAAGUUCAAACUUGACUUAUGUUUUAAACAUUUUUGGCUGUUUCAGCGCGAUUCCAGUGAAUUUAAUUCUGCUGUUGUUCUGUCUAGAUAUCAUUCAAUAUAGAGAGGACAACGGGAGAACUAAAACUUGCUAAAAUGGUGCUGAAACAGUCAAAAAUGCUAAGGACACACCAUAAAUGUUAACAAGGAGACAAGGAAAGAAAUUUUCAUGACAUUUUAUUACUAUUUUUGACUCCCAAACCCAUAUACAUGUAAUAUUUCUGUUAAACAACAGUGAUUCUCUCUCUUGAGCUUGGUUUAAUGUGUCUUGACAUGAAUAUUUAUUCACAGCACUUUUCCCUGUGCUUUGCAAACUGGGCAAAAUUUUGUUCAGUUAGGUGACAAAGAAGCAGCUCAAGAUUUUUAAGGGCUAGAUCUUGCCAAGCUGAAAAGAGACAAAUCACAGUAACAACAUGGAGGCUUGCAUCUUGAUAUGAUCCUCCAUCAAAAUGGACAGAACAUGACUUGUGUUCAGUCACUGUUGUGGAAGACUAGAAAGUUUUGAAGUGAAAGAACAAAAAGGGAAGCAGCUGGUUUUAUAAUACAUUAAUCGGCUAAAUUCCAGAGCAAAUACUUUUUCUCUGUGGAAAGCAACUCACCUUGAAACAAAACCGCAAAUACGAGAUUACUCCAUCACCAGAGUGGGCUGGUUUUUGCAUAAGCAUAAAAUGUUCAAAACAAAUUUUUUUUCACGUUAUUUAAAGAAAAGGACAAAUUUUCUGGUGACCACUUUAUUUAGUGGCCAGAUGGAAUGUGUAUUUAUUUCGGACCCUGGAUUGGUAUCAGUUCUAGUUUGAACUGGACUAGGUGAUGUGUAGGCAGGUAAUUGCUACCUACAAUAUAGAGUAAAACCCCUCCUUAUGGCCACCUUGGUAAUUUGGUCACCUUGUUAUUACAGCCACUUGUUUUUAGCUGCCUAGCGAAAUGGCCACACAUUAAUAUGGCCCAAUUUUUUUGGCCUAUUGGUGACCAUAUUAACGAGGUUCCUGACGGUACCUUGUUCUUCUCUUCUACUUCUUCUAGCCAUCCAUCAAAUAACUUUCUGGUAAACUAAUGCCUAAAACAGCUCAUGACUAAGUUAACAUAUUCAUUAAAACUUUAUUUGAAACAUUUACCUAUGUCCAAAUCUGUAUUUUUUGAACUAAUAGUUCAUAGGCACUGUAGUAUUCAUCUGUAUUUCUGCUGUUAAUUACAAAAGAGCCAUGCUUAGAUUUCAGUUACAACAAUGGUCAUGCAAACCUUGGGUGUUCUGCCACCUUUGGUACAUUUACAUGUAACAUUCAUUCUUUAUUUUAACCUCGUUUUGUGUGUUUUGUUUUAGAUGAACAUGAGGGCAUGCAAAAGAAGACUUUUACGAAGUGGAUAAAUGCACAGCUUGCAAAGGUACAGUUUUUAUGUAAUUUUUAAGACAAGGUUAAUAAUUACUGUAGAUAUAAAAAAUAGACAAUGCAUUUCUAGUCAAUAAGAGAUUUAUCUUUUUUUCUCGUUGCUUUUAUAGGCUGGAAGUGGUCAGCAAGUCAAGAACUUGUUUGAAGACCUGAAGGAUGGAACAAAGCUAUUGCUGCUUCUUGAAGUUUUAUGUGGAAAGCGAAUUGUGAGUGUAACAUUUUGAAAUUGUGAACUGGUGUUAUUACAUGUAGAAUCAUAAUAUCAAAUUCGCUGUGCAGUAUCCAGUGGCAGAGCCAUAGCAUUUGAUUAAUGAUGAUGACAACAGCAAUAAAUGCUGUAAAACCUGGCCACAUUUUUUCAUCAGCAAUAGAUAAUGUUGGGCGUAGGUGCCCUAGAGGAUGCAGGUGUAAUGGUGUUAUUUUCUACAUGUUGUGGAGCCCUGGGUACAACCCAGGUUUCCAUAUGUUGCUUGAGUCGCUUUUGUAUUGUUGUUGAAUGAAAGUACAAAUUAAAAAGUGUGUUGUCUGUCCUUCUGCUCUGAGUACUUUUACAUGGUGUCAAUAUGUGGCAACUCGUAAUCUCCAUCCACUCCUGCUGUCAAUUUAGCUGGAAGUUCACAAGAACACGAUUUAGAUAGUGUGAAAUCUGCCUGUGACCACGUGGUUGAGUUGGCCAGUUGAUUAAUGUAGCAGGAACUCGAAAGUAAACUUUGAAAGCCGCUAUUGGUCUGAAAGCUAGAAAAGCAACGCAGUGAGAGUAGAGCUACUGCAUCUUUUGAUUUUGCCAUGCCACCGAAACUUGAAGUCAAUGGCGAUGGCAGGACUUUGGCCCAAGCAUAAGGAGCUAUUAAACAGCCUGAACUCAUUCAAAUAACAAUAAACAUUCCACUUCUGCCCAAACUAGAGUUCACAGGCAAUCUUGUGAAGUCAAUAUGCUUUGCUAUUUGCCAGUGAGAGAGGGCACACUACACAAGAUCCAAGACUGCAACCACGGAGAUGCAGCUCUCAAUGCCCUAGCAAGUGUGAUUAGGGGUCAGCAGUCAGUGAUGAUGAUGGCCGCAUCUUUUGAAGCUGGCUAGUUUAGUUUUAUUUGUUGCCUUUUUUGUGUGUUUAAAUAAUUUAGUUUUUAGUGUAAGAGUUCCUGUUGGUGUCUUUUGUUUGAAUAUGGCACUUAAAAAAUUUCACCUUGCUCAAUGUUGACUUGUGUGCGUGUGUGUGUAUCUUGUUGAAGGGCCAUAAUUAGUUUUACUAUAAUGUGCCCUUUUCCAUUCUAAAUUUUUUUCUUGCUAACAUUAUGUACACGUAGUUUAAACAGCCUUGUACUAAUUAAUAUUGUACAACUGAUAUAUCAUCCAUAGGAUGGAUUAAAAAUAAAAUACAAAAUACAAAAAAAAAAAACAAGGCUGGCCAGAAAGCAAACUUCAUCUGCCACCAGAAAUUCAAGACUACUUUCUUUUCAAGGACCAGCUCACUUUACAGAACAGAAUCGUCUUUAAAGAGGACCGUUCCUUUCCAACUGAGAGAAGAGCAAAAAAGAAGAUUACACCCAAGCUAUCUAGGAAUGCAAGCAUGUCAGCAAUGAGCAAGGGAAGCCUUUUACUGGCCCUCUAUGUACAAAAAGAUUGAGCAAUGCAUAUCCCAGGGCCAUGUCUGCAACACGUACCAGCACGAAAGAACAUAAAAAAAGAACCUAUGAUCCUACAUCCAGUACCAGCCAGAGCAUGGCAGUUUUUAGCAAUUGACCUCUUUGAGUUAUAAGGGAAAGACUACUGAGUGACCACUGGCUACUUCUCCAACUUCUUCAAGGUUGACAAGUUGGUCACACAAGCAUCCAAGGAAGUCAUUGAAAAGGUGAAAUGAUGAUGGCAAGACACAGGAUUCCUGAUCAGCUCAGAAAUGGUAAUGGGGCCCGGUUUAGCUCCCAUGAAUUCAAGAAGUUUACAGAGUUGUACGAGUUUGAUCAUGUUACUAGCUCACCAUCUUAAACCAGUCUAAUGGGAAGGCAGAAAACUCAGUAAAAACUGCAGAAUGUAUCUUGAUGAAAGCACUAGAGGCUGGGACAGAUCCCUACCUGGGAUUCCUAGACUUUCCUGGACUGGGCACAUCCCCAGCGCAGCAACUCUUUGGCUGUCGGACAAAGACCCUCCUUCCUACAGCUGGCAGUCUUUUGCACCAUGCUAAUGCUGUUGCCACUGCCCAGCUCUUACAAGCCAGAAAAGACAGACAGCCAUUCUACUACAACAGUGGCUCUAAAGCACUUCCACCAUUGGAGAAAGGAAACUCAGUUCGCAUCAGACCUUCAAGCACAGUCAGUGGUGGACCCAAGCGAUUGUACAGGGACCAGUGGGUGUGCGCUCAUAUCAAGUUCAUGUAUCUACAAGAGGCGGAAUGGUGUAUCGGAGGAAUCAUUGUCAUCUCCAUCUGACAACUGAGACCCCAAGGUCACUACCUCCUGAUGUAGAGAUACAUAAUUCUGAACCUGACGCGUCCUUGUUACCUCAAAAUGAACAGCCACCAGAACUUGAUGUACCGGCACCAGCAGUCAGUGAGCCACAGUCAGUACCAACUCCUGUGCAAGAUGUAGAGCCACUCCCUAGCCUAGCAAAGUGCGGUUCUUGUGGAAGAGUGUUCCGCAGACCAGCAUAGACUCUAUAAGGCCAUUUGUUAUGCUGUUUCAAUUUAGCUAAUAUUUUAUUUUAUUGUACUUAAGUAUUCUGUGUUAGUUAUUAUUUUUUGUUUGUUGACAAAGAAGAUGUAAUGAUGUUGAUUUCAUACAUGUUGUGGAGCCCUGAGUACUAGUCAGGUUCCCGUAUGUUGCUUGCGUCUCUUUUGUAUUGUGGUUGAAUGAAAGUACAAAUUAAAAAUGUGUUGUCUAUCCUUCUGCUCUGAGUACUCUCUGUUAAUUGGCAACAUUACAGAUGAUGGUUAGACAAACACACUGUAUCCAUGGCAAGCAAUGAGUGGCAACCACUAAACCUCAUCCCCCAAGGUGCUUGGGAGGUGAAGGGUCUGCAAACUGAUAAGAAAGGACCCAGUGCACCAAAAUGAACCUCCAAGCACCCAUACCAACCCCUGUGACAUCUGCACGUUGCAAAUAUUAUUUGAAUAAGGUUAAUGUGUUAAUGCUCAAGACCAGCAAAAUGCAAGUGAAAAUUACUGUAAUGACAACAAAAGCAACAAUUUAUUUGUUAAAUUUUAAUGAAUGCAACAGUUUCAAUUUCAUGUCAGUGUGAUGCUAAAAAUACCAAAAAAACCAAAGAAAUGUGGAGGAUUGUUUCAAAUAUGAUGGGGGAAAAACCUUAGGGCUGCUCUUGGCAGGUAAAAGUGAAAUGUGGGAUGUAAUGUGGUUGCUUUUUCUUAAAGUGAUCGUAACAAGAGCGAUCGUGAUCGUAACAACAGCCAUUUUUUUCUAUGAGUCAAAAUGUCAGCUAAAAUAUUAAAUGGCCAAACAGACAAACAAAAAAUGCAAUUAGGCUCACUCUACAUGCACUGCUUGCUUUUUUUGGAUAAAAUCAGUUAUAGACAGUCAAGAAAAAAAUUAGCACUUUACAUUAUUUUGCAACAACUGAUGUUGCUCCAGCCAAAACAACACUCAGAAGUUCCAGGAAUCAUGGAAGAAAAAAUACAAGUGGCUAAGGUUUGACAAGGAAGAAAAGAAGAUAAUUUCCUCACAUUUUCAAGGGAAUUUCAAUACUGCAAAAACACCAGCAACUCCCCAAGGCUCAGAACAAAAUAAGUUCCAAACAGACAGCCUAAAAGCACAUGACAUGCCAUGAGCGUACAAUGUAGAAGUGCAAUGUGCAGGCUAGAGACAAAAACUCUUAAGGUAUCUGCACAGGCAAAUUUUGCACAUUUUUGUAUCAUUUUUAGUGGUUGUUUUAUGGAUAAUAUCUAUAUGUCACUACAUUGACAGUAUUCCUCAGUUCUUGAGGAACUAGAAUAUAUCAAAAUAAACUAUGUUAUGUCACCCAAAAGGUGUUAAUUUAAUUACCCACUAGGGUGACACGGAAAGAGAAAAAUCAAAAUUUCAGAAGAAUCCUUAGAGUUAUUGUUAAAAAAGAAAUGUAACACAAAUAAGGACGUAAGAUAGAAUAAUUCUGUGUUUGACCACGACACAGCUCCAAUUAAUCCAGCCUCUAGGGCACAAUUUGCUAUUUUGUAAUUUGACCCAUAUUUUGACAUCAAUAACUCAGCUGUACGGCAAUUCUAACCUUUAGUCAAACACAGAUCUGUUCAUUAACAUGCUCUUUGUGUAUUUGCCAAAUUUCACAAAGAAAUAAUGAUCCAUUCCUCCAAAAAACUGGUUCCCGUAAGUCAAGGUAAAUCGGUCACGCGGUAAUUAACGCUUUUCCAGUGUGAAAAAGCUUAUUUUCUUCUCAAAAUCAACUGUUUUUCCUCGAUACUACCAUCACAGACCUUCUUGCCCGCCAUUUUGAAUCACCGCUGUGUAAAAUGCUCGUGGAAGCCUAAGAAAAUGCCAAAUGACCUCUCUAUAGCCCCCUUGGAUUUUGAUACGUGACCAGUUGCUAGGUGUGACGUAUUUCUGGAAGAUGCGUUACUCAGUGUCAGCUUUAAUGCAGUGAAGCGCUACCAAGUAUGAAGAUUGAAGAAGAGUUUUAUUCAAAAUUGAAAAGAAUUGCUUCUGUAAAGUGAAAGAAAUUGGCAGAAAAACAGACCAGAGGAUUAGGGGCCAAGAAAACGUUUUACUCUCCGGCAAAAUUGUCAGAAUAUAUCAGGUGAGAAGACACACCGAUGUAAUGUAAAUUUAAAACAAUAUUAAGCCCUGGAAAACGGAGUAUAUUUCAAGAACAUAACAAUUUUGACAAGAAGCAAGUAAUAUUAGUCAUCACAGCUUUAACAGAAGGAAGAAAAUCAAGUUGGACAUACAGCGGCUGUAGUUUGUCAAUGAAUCCAAGCAGUGAAUAGAUUUUGUUCAGCGCAUCAAUAGAACUUGAUGCUGGAAAGAGGAGUCAAAUUGCGCUCCUGCCGUCCAUUUUCUUAGUAACGGAAAUGGCAAUUUUUCUUUAACUUCCGGUAAAUCAGUCAACUUUUGAGUAGAUUUUCUCUUUAAUGCGAAGGUAUAUUCAAAAAAGAACACCAGAUAUGCAUAUUAAAUCAUCUGAACUUACUGUAGAAAGAUUUUGAGUGCAAAAUAAAAUGUUGAAAAUUUGCCUGUGCAAAUACCUUAAGUGAUUUAAGGGUCUGUCUAAAUGUAUAUGGAGGGAGGAAGAUCCUAACACCAGGAAGAUCAUAGACUGAGGCAGAUCAUCCCAGUGCUAUAAUACUUUGUUGUUUUUUGUUCAGGGAAAAAGCUGCCUGGUAUUGUUACAUGAUUUUUGUUCUUUUGUUUUAUGUCAUCUGUGUCCACUACACAAAGUAAAUGGCCCAUUAAGGUUGCUGUAAUUGAUUUAUGUGCAAAGGGUUGCUGUGCUCAUUCCUAGCUGAGGGAGGUAGGAAGAUACACCAUAGCACCAUGUAAACUGCUUUUGCUUGGAAGAUCCUAGUGCUAGGGACAAACCGGACAAAAAUGGCUGUGGGUCAUCAAGUCGGUAAUCUGAGCAAGGCUGACAAUUUCAUUUGGUAUCACCCAAAACCGUUAAAUUGUAAAGAACUACCAGGCUAGUAGAGAGAGCAGAAGGGCCCAAAUUGCCUGUUUGGUAUUGUUGCUUGCCACCUUCAACUCCUUCUCCCCUUGGUAACCAUACAGGCCAAUUUCUGCAUGUAAACCGAACAAAAAAUUGUUCUGCCUUUUAGGAUCCUCCUGGUGGUACAGUACAUGUAGGAUCUUCCUCCCUCCAUGUAAACAACCUCUAAGUGACCUGCAGUGGCUUUACUCCUGAGACCAGUAAAUUUUCAACCUACUGGUCCUGUGGAUCACAACUUUUUUGAGUGCUGCACAAUAAUAAUCAUUAUGUCUUCUUCCCACAAGACAUAAUUUAGAGGCAGGAUUAGACAAGAACCUCCUAAAAAAAUGAUAGAAAAUUACAGUCAUGUUAAAAAUGCUCUUUAAAUAUGGUUCAACAGUUACUUCUAUGUAAAGAAACAGAAAUAAUUAUAUGAAUACAAUAGCACUGAGAGUUAUACUCAAUUAAUAACAUUGUACUUUGCAUUUUGUUUUCAUUAGAGGAGUGAAAAAGGUCGCACCCGUGUCCAUUUUAUGACCAAUGUUGACAAUGCUCUUAGGAUUCUAGAGCAAAACAAUGUAAGUGGCUACAAAUUCAAAAGGUGCUCAGAGUGUCAUUGCCCAAUGUGACUAACCUUGAUUUAAUGUCAUAAUCUCCCUCUAUUUCACAAUAAAAUACAAGUUAAUUGAAAGAAGAAUCAAGCAGCUUAACAAAAGUCAGAAGGAGCUGUUUUCCAGACACCCACUUUUUUCAUAUUGUUAAAACAGAUGUGCAGCUGUACAUGACAUGGCAACAGCAAACAAUGGAGUGUACUUGAAGAACUCUAUAAAGAUAAUAUUCAAUUAGUUGGAUCAAAAUGUCAGCACAUUAUCCUCUCAUCUAAGAUGAUUCUACACUUAUAUGUUAACUGGAAACAGGGCAUUUGAGUGGUCAUGGUAACUAAAUGUAUGCCUGGAUUUCAGCCAAUCAUUGUACAACUUGUCCCUGAUUUGAACCCAUUCGCCCCUAAGCUGCCUGUAACUACCUGUGCAAAUCCUUGUCCUUUGUACCGCUUGUUAUGUCGUCAGUUUUAAUGGUCAAGGACAACUUUGUCUGCUAAGUUGUGCAUAGUGAAGAGAUCCUUCAAACCAUACCAGAAUCAGCACAAAACGGCAAAAUCUCCAGGGGCGAAUGGGUUAAGAAAACCAUAUCUUCAUUUUUACUCACCAGCUCCUAUAUUGUUGUUAUGUGGAACAGUUAAACCAAGGCCCUAACCCUAACCCUAACCCUAACCCUAACCCUCUGAAUAAGAUAAAGAAUUUGAUGUUAAAAUAAUUUCCUAACUAAGAGCAAGCGUCAAGAUACUCAGUUCUUUGAAAAUUUGUUUACCAGUGUACAUUUGUUUGUGUAGGUUCGACCAGUCAACAUUAGUAAUGAUGACAUUGUGGAUGGAAACCCUAAGCUCACACUGGGUCUGAUGUGGUACAUCAUUUCACAUUUUCAGGUACAAUUAUAAUAAAUUAAUAAUAUACAAUGAUGUAGUGAUAAUGUCUCUGCUAAAAUAGAUAUACUGUAAAGAUAGACUGUCCCAGUUUUCACUAUUUUGCAACCAGUGGCUGAAUUGUGGCAGGACCAGAGAAAAGAGAUCAGAUCUCAGCAUGCACAGGGUGAUGUAAAGGCACACUCUGUAACCACAGCAGUCCAUGAUCUCACCUCUCUGAUGGCACUAGUCAGAUAUGAUACAGCAGAGACUUGCUGUUUUUAAACAAUGUCAUGGGUACAAUGUACUUUUACAACCCUUUUCAACUGAUAUGUAAGAAUGAAGGAGACAAGGCCAUGAUGUGAUCAUCUGAAUAGAAAAAAGGGUUUUAAGCAAAGUGUACAUGUAGCUUGAUCUCACCAGUUCACUAAAGACCUUGGUUUGUGGUCUUGCUGGGCGGCGCUCACUGCAGCCUCCCAUUCAGCAGACUGGCACUGUUCCAUUUGAACUUUUCAGGCAGUAGAUAAUGGUAGAUCUUGGAAAAUCUUGAUUAAAAGUGAAAUGCUGUAACUUCUGGGAGACUGCAUAUAUCUUACACACACCCAUCAAUAGCCCAUUUUUGUCAAAGUUGGUAAUAUUAUCAAUCAGUGUGAAUGCACUGUGUAUUAUAAUUGUUUUUGUUCGCCUCCUGCCUUGUCCACUGGAACAUUGGGGUUCCUUUUUUAUCUUCAUUGUCUAGUUGCAACUUUUGCUCAAGAAUCUAAUGCUGGACUCCAGUUCAGAUACACCAGAAGAAAAACUGUUGGUUUGGUGUCGGCAGUCUGUCAGAGGGUGAGACAUCAUCUAUGAUUUAUGUUAUCUUUUUUACAGGGCUUUUGAUAUUUUGCACGGUUGCGGAGCUGCAAAAUUCAGGUAAAUCUGCGAAAUCCCGCAAAAUUCACGAAAACACGCGUAAUACCAGGAAAUUCGCUAGAAAUAAUAUCAAAUACAUAUCUGUGCGACAUAUCUCAAAACUUAUCUCGGCUAUUGGGGCUGUUUACUACCUGUAAAUUUAUCUUGAAACUUUGCCUCAGAAACAAGCAAACAAAUGUUCCAAAACUUGCAGGUAUUAAUGAUGCAAAAAACUGGGCACUAGCCACGAUGAUGUUAAAAGCUUUGCUAUUGGCUCAUUUCUCGAUGGUAUUGUUGUUGAAAGAGCAAAUGAUUAUCUCUGUAAAAUAAGCAUUAAUGCAAAGCCGAUUGAUUUUUAGCGAAAUUUGCCCAGAAAUUCCCACAAAAUUGGCUGUAUUUUAUCGAUUGUUUUUCAGCAAAGUUUACCCCAAAAAAUUCCUGCGAAAUCAACCUAUUUUUCUGCGAAUUUGUUCCUGAAAAUCCUGUGAAAUUUGCCUUUUUUCACAGCAACCUAUCAGAAGCCCUGUAAUCUAGCAUUCAAUUUGCAUUCCGUACAUGUAAAAUAUAAUAAUUGCAGCUAUUGUCUCUUUGACUUUUACCUUAACUGCUGUCAACUCAGUAUAAAUUACCAGGUGACUGCUUUAUCUAAGCAGUAAUUUCUACUUUUUAUUACAAACUGUAAGCAAAAUGUCAUAGUAGUGUAAUGUCAACUAUGCAGCGCACGCUUAUUGUCUAUGUAUUUCCACAUGGUGUAGGUCAUUUUGUGCAUACCUAACUUUCGGGAAAUAGGAGAGCUGCAUUUGGCAAUAAUAAUUUGUGUGUUUGUGAGGAAAGUUGGAGCAAUAGUGUGCUAAGUUUUGGGCUUAUAUCAGUGUUUUAUUUUCCUAAACGCUGAGCUAAGAGCUCUGGUGUUGUUUAUGUCAUUGAAAGCAAGAUUUGUCAACUCAGUUGCAAUUACUCUAAAAAGGACUUGAUGACUGCUGCACUAAAGAGGUUUUGGCCAAAUUACAGGCUGAAUUAAGUGGCAAUUGAGAGGAAAAGUGCUAAAAAGGCAGGAAAGACUUUUUCAAGGACUGCAGCCACUUAGAGUUUUAGCCCAGAACAAUUCACCCAGAGGUUUCAAUAAUAAUUGAAGUAGCCAGCAGGUUUGAAUAGAGUAACCAACCUUAUUAUUAAGGGGCCGUUAGACCCGUUCUUCUAGGUCAGUGUGGGGGCGUGCUCCCCCAGAAAAUUUUGGAAUUUCAAAGCCCUAACAUGCGAUUGACAGUGUUCCGGGGGCUAAAUUGAGAACAGAAGAGCUUGUUUUUUAUUCACUAUCAAUUCUUACAAGCAAUGAGCAAAUCCCAAUAUUCAAAAUUACAUACAUUUGCACAUAAACAAGUUCUGCGUAAAUCUAUAAUAAUAAUAAUAAUAAUGAUGGUUUAUUAAAAUACACAUGGUGGCAUAAAAACUAUGAAUUACAAUGUGCUUACAUAAGUUACAACUAAAAUAAAAUUACAUUUGUUUCGGAGGGACUGGGAUUACAGGCUAUUUGUAAGUUAUUCACAAUUCAGAUAUAGAUAAAGGACAAUACUAGAGAUAACUAGACUCGUAAGAUUAGUUAAUUUUCGCCAUUGCUGGGAAAAAACUAGAACCGAAGCGUUUUGUUCUAUACUGGAAGCGGCUAGAACUGCUACUGUUCCUAAAAUGGUAAGAGUGGCAUUCGGAUCGCACGGGAGGGAGAAGGUGGUGCAGCUGGCCAUCCAGGUUAUUUUUGAUAUUGUGCCACACUUUAAGACACAGGUGGGCGCGUCUAUCCUCUAAACUGGUAAUGUUGGCUUCUGCAAGAGCCUGUUGAUAGUGGAGGUCAGGGUAUAUGAUUCGCAGGGCCCUCUUUAUUAUUAUUAUUAUUAUUAUUAUUAGAUUUAAUGAUAUAUGUUUUGUUUACAACAUUUUGAAAAAUAAUAAUGCGUCUUUUUCAGGGGAAAAAGUAGCCAACAGGGCUGAGCAAAGUAGCCGACGCAUUUUGUUGGUUGUCGGUGCCUUUUGAAACCUCUGAUUCACCACAAGCCAUAACUCAGAACAGUUGAACAUUCUUAUUGUUUCGGUGGAAUUAUUUGUUUGGCAUGAUAAGUAACAUUAUUUCAAGAAAUCACAAUAACAGAGGGAAUAAGUUAUUGUGAAAGAGUGGCAAUACUAAAUGUGGCUUUAAUCUCAGGUAUGAUGGGGUAGAAGUAAAGAAUUUUACCACAAGCUGGAGAGAUGGACGUGCAUUUAAUGCUUUGAUCCACAGAUACAGGUACAACAUUUUUAGAAUCUAAAAUUUAUAACUUACAGGUAGUCUUUCAGGCAAUACUUGCAAAAAUUAAUUAUUAUUCUCUCACUUAACUUUGAUUUACUAGACUUACUAGUAUUACAAUACCUAGGGAAAAAGUUUACUUGAAAACACUUUUUUAUAGUUACAGUUUAUGUUUACUUGAGGACAUCAUGUUCCAAAAAUUAUUAAUGGUUUUAUUUAACUAAAAUAUUGUUUAUUUUCUGAUUGUGUUUGUAGACCUCAUUUGUUUGACUACAGUGAUCAGUUGAACAAGAAGCCAGUGGACUGCUGUGAACAUGCUUUUGCUGUUGCUGAACAGUUUCUUGAUGUCGACAGGCUUCUUGAACCUGCAGGUAUUACUUUCUAUGCUCAGAUUUCUCAUUAGUGAUUAUUAUUCCUUGAUUGUACAUGCUAUUGUACAUGCAGCUUGGGAGCAAUCUUGCUUUCUUUCAGUGAUCAGUAAUGAUAUAAUCAAUAGCAAGUGAUGAAAGUUCUUGUACAUAAAAAGUAGUUGACUGUGUGCUGCUGUGCCAAGUACACGUAUGUGUGGAAAUCUGACAACAAAUGAGGGAAAGCGGCAAAAAGGUCAUGUAUACAGUGUCACUUGUAAUUUGAUGCCUUUCCUUACCACUCAUUUGACCCUCAGAUGUAAGAAAAAAAAAACUAAUACACUGGCAUAACAUCUCCAGUGGAAAUGCCGGCGGCCUUUAAAAUUCUUAUUCCAUGUACUAAAGAGGAUUUUUUAAAGUUUGCUUUUGAGACCUCAGGAUGAGGAAAAGCCCACUCAGCAUUCUUUUCUUUUGCUAAGAAAUAAAAUAAUAAGACAGUCCCUCUUCAAAAUUGAUGGUAAUGAAUUUGAGUAGGAGACCAGUGGGAGCAGUAUUUCUGAUGGAAAAUGGUGUCAUUUUUUUCACGGAGUUGAAUCAUCAGUGUCAAGAAUGCAGGUCGAAGGAUAAUCUGAAUGAUAAUGAUAAUGACAAUGAUUAUAUUAAUAAUAAAUCAAUCAAUCAUUUAUUUAUGCACGUAACGUCUGGUGAGCUCAAUAGAAAAAAGCUCAAUAUAAUAAUAAUAAUAAUAAUAAUAAUAAUAGUAAUAAUAAUAAUACAGACAUAGAGAGGUGGUUCUAAGCAGAGACUGGUGUCAAAUGUCGUUUAGAAUCAUUGCAGAGAGCGUGCUUACUGGGUACGGCCAGGAUCUUUUGCAAAGUCUUAAACACCUAAGGUCAUGAGCAGUGACUUGACAUUUAGAAAGACUCCAACAAGCCAUCCAGAAGCUGUGUUUAAUAAUAAUAAUAAUAAUAAUAAUAAUAAUAAUAGUAAUAGAAAUACAGAGAAUGUGGCAUGUGAAAACCGUGGUGAUCCCUGUGGUUGUUGGUGUGCUUGGUACAGUAAAGAAGGGUAUGGUAGAAAACAUCAAGAAAGUAUCAGAGAGAGCUACUAUGACAGAGAUUCAAAAGAUCUGCAUGCUGGGAUCUGCACGAAUCCUCAGAAAGGUGCUCAGUGUAUGAACAGAAUCAUUGACUUGAGUGACUGACGCUCUAGGUGCAUGGUUUGUGCCCGGCUGAUGCACAAAAAGAACACCAGCAAAGACUGUGUUAAAAGAGAUAAUAAUAAUAAUAAUAAUAAUAAUAAUAAUAAUAAUAAUAAUAAUAAUAAUAAUAAUAAUAAUAAUAAUAAUAAUAAUAAUAACCAAUAUUGAUGAACCAACGUAGAUAUAUUGAAAAACAACACAAACUAACAACAAUUGAACUAGAUAACAUCAAGCAACAGAUUAAAAAUGAAUUGAAUGAACAAAACAACCAAACAGAUAGUGUAGCAGAUGAUGUGUUUGUAGAAGAAGCCAACAAUUGUUGUGAGGAAUCAAAUGAAGAUGAGAUAGAACCAUCACAAAAUCCAUCUGAGAUCGAAGAACUAGUUAAAGAAAUUAAGAGGGCAAGAGCUGAAUGGGAAAACAUCAGGAUGGCAGAGAGGCCCCCUCUACCGAAGAUAUCAGUGAACAGAAAAGCUGAGCUGUUGAUCAAACAAGCAAACCAAGCAAUUCAAUUGGUAAUAGCAAAAGAGACACCCAACCUCAAUAACAUCAAUUUGUUACAAUAUGUCACUGCGUAUGUGAUAUCUGAAAAGUUGGGUAAAACGCCAAAACUCCCAAAGACAAAGAGCAAUAAACGGCAACAAUCAAAAUGGAGGACAAGAAUAGAGAAUCAGAUUAAAAGCAUGAGACUGAUCUGUCGGUACUAACGGACAUGGCACAGAAAGGUGAAAGCCAAAAGAUCUCCAGGAAAAAACAAAGAAUUAAAAAGAAAUACAAAAUAACAACAAAUCAAGAACUGCAAACAGUAAGAGAAUCCCUUAAAAUGAAAAUUCAAGCAAAAGCCCAAAGAAUCAGGAGAUAUGUAAAGAGAAGUAAACAAUUCAGUCAAAACCAGAUGUUUGCAAACGAUAGGAAAAAGUUCUUCAGAAACCUUGGUAAAGACCAGAUAUCAGUUGAAAAACCACCUAAGAAAGAAGCAACAGAAACAUUUUGGCGUAACAUCUUGGAGAACGAUAGAGAGCACAACCAUUCAGCAGAGUGGAUAAAGAGGGAGGAGCAGAAAUAUGCUGAUACAGAAUGCCAACCAUGGGAAGACAUAAGCCAAGAUGAGUUGCAGACUGUCUUAAAGAAAGCAAGCAACUGGAAGUCACCCGGCCCUGAUGCAGUUCCUAACUUCUGGCUAAAGCAACUCACAGCACUACAUCAACACCUACUGAAUGCAGGGGGACGCUUUGUGUCCUAGACUGUUUACACUGUGCCUGAACCCUGUAGCGUGGUGCCUGCGGGCAACAGAGGGAUACCGGUUAUUCAAGCCUAUAGGAGUCAAAGUCACCGAUCUCCUGUAUAUCGACGACCUCAAGGUUUUUGCUGCCUCCGAGAGCAAGCUGAAUCGAGUGCUGAAAGAGUCUAGAGGAGCGAUGCAGGACAUCGGCCUCCACUGGAAUCAGAAAAAGUGCUCAGUGGUACACGUGAAGUGGGGAGCCCAAGUGCUAGACGAGUCUGGUAUGAGGAUGGACGAGACAACUACCAUCACGGCUCUUGGGGAAGGAAAACACUACAAAUUCCUGGGGGUGCUAGAGAACGUUCGACAGGAUGAACGGCUGGCCCUAGCUUGCGCGGCUAAAGAGUAUCUACGCAGGAUAUCUAUUAUAUGGUCCAGCCCCCGGUCUGAUUGUAACCGUGUGCAGGCGUCUAAUCAGUAUGCACUCCCGGUCCUGCGGUACCUAAUGUGGACACAGCAUUGGCCUCUAUCAGAGUUAAGAGAUGUGGACAGAGCAGCUCGGAAGAUCAUAGUUGAGAACGGUGGCAAGCACCCAGCUAGCCUGACUUCUUUGUUAUAUCUACCGAGGGAGAAAGGGGGUAGAGGCCUGCGAUCAGUCGAACACGAGUACAAGAUCACUAAAAUCAAAUCGCUACUGAAACUGUAUCAGAACCCGGACCCGACUGUGGAAGCAGUUAGAGAAUUUGAAGAACACGCCAUGGCAUCAGGCCACCAGUCGCUCGUAAAGGAAGCAGCUAAGUACGCUGAAGAACUCAACAUCACCCUUCAGCUUGAUACCCUAAAUCCCGUGUGUGUUACAACAGAUGGAAAGGUGGUAACUGCAGCAAGAGCUCGGAAUCUGUAGAAGCAAUCUCAAGAGAAGCAGUUCUUGGAGAUCGCUAAAGACAAAAAGUGGCAAGGAAAGUUAUUCCGUAUCAGAUGGGAAGAUGAGAGCCUAAGCAUAGCCAGCUGCUUUGCAUGGUUAAAAGGUUGGGCUACAUGCCCUACACAUACCAUCGCGGGCAUGUAUGAACUGUAUGAGCAGUUGUUACCUACGAAGCUCUACACAAAGGAGAAGACGCAAACCUCCACCGACGGCGAAGUUCUAUGCAGGUUAUGUGGGAAGGUAGCUGAGAGCGUUGCACAUGUACUGGCUGGAUGUUCCUCCCUGGCACAAACCAAGUACCUAUACAGGCAUAAUGCAGCUGUGAAGAUUCUGUUUUUUGAGCUCCUGCGAGAGCAUGGGUUAAUGGAAGAGGUUCCACCAUGGUACUCACCGGUGAUGCCAAAACCAGCCUACCAGAACACCACGAGUGAGGCGUUUUGGGAUAUUCCCAUCUAUGCAGAGCACAACGAAGUUAGAGCAAAUCGGAUCGACGCGCGACUUGUCAACCACGAGAGGAAAGAAGUCUGCACAAUUGAAAUGAGCUGCCCAUGGAUUGAGAGUAGAGCUAAGAAAGAUGAGGAAAAGACACUCAAGUAUGGGCCCAUGAUGUGGGAGCUGAAGCAGAGAUACAAUGGUUACAGGGUUGAACAGUACAACGUAAUAAUGGACGUACUGGGGGGUUACUCUAUACACCUAGAGAGGUCGGUGAGGAAGCUACUUGGAGCGAGAGCACGGAGUGUACUUGAGCGAAUGCAGAAGUCGGUCAUCUCAAACACUUUAAACAUUGCCAGAACAUUUAAGAUAAAUACUUAGUUAGGGCGCUAUGGACUUCAGUUUUUAGGUUUUUGUUUUUUCUCUAGAAAUCUAGAAACACAAGCUUGCUGACGUUUUUACUUAGAUUUUUUAGAACAUUAGAGUGUGAUAUUAUUAUAAAUAUGUUUUUAGUAGAGAUAGCGAAGGUUUUACAGAGUAUCAGAAUUUAAUAAUAUUCUAAAUUGGCUUUUUAAGUAGAGAGAUUUAUAUCACUAUGUAUAAGCUUUUAGUAGAGAUAGCGAAGGUUUUACAGAGUAUCAGAUUUUAAUAAUAUUCUAAAUUGGCUUUUUAAGUAGAGAGAUUCAUAUCACUAUGUAUUUUAGGAUUGUAUUAGGUUUCGUAUCGACCUUUUUUUACUUCUAAGUAUAGCUUCUCAAGUGAUGUAGGUUACGCUAUGCGCCCUAUACUACUCAUAAUGUGGACAGCAUUCCAAAGUUUCAUACUGCGACAUAAUAAUAAUAACAAUAAUAAUAAUAAUAAUAAUAAUAAUAAUAAUUUCAAGUUUCAUUUGAGUUUCAUUUUGAGAUACACGCGACUUUCAGAUCACCUAACGAUUAGAUCACUUAAGUUGUUAGGGCAUAAUGGUUUGUGAAUUAUUAGUGACUUUACAGCUGUAGAACUACUGCAACAAGCCCGCAAGGUCAUAUGGAUAGCUGUAGAUCCUUUGUAAUUCAAUUGGCCAUAAUGUGGCGGUUGUUAGCUCCAUUGACGAGUAUAAUGAACGUUUACCUUUUUGAUUUUCGAUACUGCUAUGCAGUCUUGUGUGUAAGCUUUCUGAAAACGUCAAUUAAUAUUAAUAGCUGUAUGUGGUUUAGUGACUUGACAUUUUGUAAAGUGGAUUGUACAAGAGUUGACUUAACUGCAUUUCCCUUACAAGCCUUAUAAGACAGGGUGUGUGUUGUCAUCUUUACUGAAUCUUAACCUAUGCAGAAAAACCUGAUUUUUGUUAAGUCAAUCGUACUGUCAAUCCUCAGAUGUUGUUCGUGAUCGCCCUGAUAAGAAAUCGAUUCUCCUGUACGUUUCCAAUUUGUACAACAAGCUAGCCCCGGGUGUGUCUCACGUGACUGUUCAGAGGAAUGGUGCACGAACCAUGGAGAGGUCAGAGUACACGCAUACCGUGUCUAAACGCACGGUGAACAGUACGUACCACACAGAGCACACCGUGAAACACGUCAAGAAAGGAUACGACGAGAGAGAACCUGUCAGAUAUGUCACAACCACGUGUACAACAGUUAAAGAACCUCCCAUACAACACUCUGCUAUAACAACUGUGGUGAGUUUGUCAAAGGUUUUUGUCAGACACGUAUUAAGCCGAAUCCUUACGAUGUUACAUCCACGUGUUACUGUAUUGUUACAGUAGAAACGUCUUCACAGCUGUUGGCCGUAACCAUUGUGACAAGUUCGACGAGAACCUUUUUUUAAAAGUACAAAUAAUUUUAACGCCAUUUUUUUCUUUUGGUCCUAAAUUAAAAUAUUACCCGCCAAAUGGCGAACAUUAGAUCAUGCAAGCGUAUGACCAAAACACCUGGUCCCGGUUGUUUAAACGUUGGAUAGCGCUAUCCACCGGAUAAAUCACUAUCCAGCGGAUAACGCAUGCAAUUGUUUCCCGUAAUACUUAUCCGCUGGAUAGCGAUUUUUCCAGUGGAUAGCGCUUUCCAGCUUUUGAACAACCGGGACUUGUAGUGUAACUUGCUCUUGAAUUCCUCAAAGAAAUCGUCCCGAGCCAGCUGAUUUAAAACAGUUUGGGAUAAUGCAGAGGCGGUUAUUUGAGAGAGUAGGGUGGUUCCUCAAAUCUCGGUCCGGCCGGCAGAUGAUCUUUACGUUGUUACGUUUCUUUAUUACAUGUUUUUUUAAGUUUUCUUCCUCAUCAGCGUUCUACUGUACUUAUUAUAGAUUUAACUUUGUAUUUACACUAUGUAGUGGCGAGGUUAUAAUGGAAAAUUUUGUUCAUCGUGGUCUCCCGAUAAGUUUUGAUUUUUCGGCCGCGUAUUGCUGGUCUUCAUCAAGGGAUGAUGUCGAUUGGCUCUGGAAACUAAUGUUAUUUUUGUUACACCAACAUGUUCGAAACUUCAGCAAAUAUUGCUGUGCCAAUCUGAACAAACUGGUCAUUGUGCAUGUUCGUUUAGGUUGAGCAGACUCAAAAUGCGGAACGUCCUGACUCUAUGGUCAGUGAAACGAGCAGUGUUCGUGAUUCAGUGGGUUCAUUUAAGGAGUGGGAAGACUACAACUCUGCUUUACAAGAAGUUCUUAACUGGCUCUCACAAGCUGAAAGAACUCUGGAGUCACAGCAACCCAUCUCAGACGACGUGGAUACAGUGAAAAAGCAGUUCCAUGGGCACGAGGUAGCUAGUCAUUACAGUUUGUAACUGUGCAAGAGAGGGCAGAAUGUGCUCUGUGAAUGGCGCACUAAAAUUGAUUUACAGUGCUAAUACACAAAUGUCUUUAAAGUAUCAAACUUUUCUACACUCUUUGCUGGACUUUAAUACAAGCAGACUAGUUUUGUCUGAAUUUAUGGAAAGGGGUUUCCUUGAUACCAGGCCUUUGUCAAUUUUUCUUGCCAGUUCUCAAAUGUUAUUCUUUAUUUUUUUCUAUUAACCUCAAAUUUCGCAUGCUAGUAUUUUCACUGACCCGCAUUUAACUGCGUUCCAGGACUUUAUGAUGGAGCUGACGUCACAUCAGUCUGACGUGGGGGCCGUUCUGGAGUUUGGUAACCAGUUGAUUAGCGAGGGACUUGUCAGUGAAAAGGAAGAGAAUGAGAUUCGGGAGCAAAUGAUUUCACUCAAUGAUCGUUGGGAAGCGCUGAGAAUGGCGGCGAUGGACAGGCAAACAAAGUACGUAAGAAACUUGUCAUUUCUACACGUACAUCUGAAACUGUGAUAACUCGCUAGAGAUCACCAUAGCAACUGAGCCGAACAAAACCUUGUGAUGGUGUUGAUUCAAUAGACUUUUUUUAGCUUGUAGGUCAUGUAAUGUUUUUUAACAAACUUUCAUUUAAAAUUUGUGUUAUUCACGUGCAUACACUGUAUGUACGCACAGAUCAUGAAAACACCAAAUGAGGGUAAAUUCCUCUGAAACAUCAUUAAUAGUUAUCUAGAUCUUGACUGUAGUGCAUUAAGUUCCUUAACACGGAUAACUCUACUUAAGCCGGAUCUCGAAAGAAUCCGUUGAACCUAGAGAAUGGCUGCAAAAAUAAUCCAGAUGCCCCUUACUGAGGGAGGGGAGGGAGGGUACUGAGAAAGUUUUGUGUACAGAGGCCUUAGUUAGACAGCAAAACUGAAAAACGCAUACGUUUAAUUUUGUAUGUAAUUAAAAAGUACAGAACACUGUAGCCUAUGCUGUUUUUCCCUGAAAGAGAGUUUUACGAGGAAUUUUUGUUCUUAUUUUCAGGCUUCACUUGCAACUGAUGGAUCUUCAACAGAAACAGAUUGAUGAACUGGCUGAUUGGCUGACUGUUGCUGAGAAAAGAAUCAAUAGCGCACAAACAAUCGGCUCUGACCUCGACACCGUGCGACGUCAGGUCGAGGAUCACAAGGUGAUGAUUAACAUAAAACCUACCACUACUUUCUGUAAGUUGAGAAAUUUGGCCUAAAUUUUCCACGGUAGCCUCUCCAUAUAUACAUCUUAAACCAUCUUUCUUCUUUUGUGGUUUACCGUUUUUCUAUUCAUUUACCACUCGUGAAAAAAGGUAACUUUUUAAGGGAUUUUUAAAAAAGCAAAACUUCCUUGCUACAGAUGCAGCUAAAAACGUUUAGUUGAUGAACGUAAUUGCAUUUUUGUUUUCGCCGUUAAACGCCAGAACGCCAGAACGUCAAGGAUAAAAAACGGUGCAUUAUUAAGCUAUAAGUAUUGUGUGUAAUUACGUAACGAACUUUUUUUUGCCUUGCUUUGUGCGACACAGUUCUUCCAGGAAGAUCUGGAGAAGCAGCAGCAACAGGUUAACUCACUGACGCACAUGGUUGUUGUUGUGGAUGAUAGUUCUAAUGAAAGUGCUACCGCCGACCUAGAGGAACAGCUGGCGGUUCUUGGAGAGCGUUGGUCUAAUGUAUGCAAGUGGACAGAACAAAGGUGAACAAAGAAAUCCAUUCCACCCCACCACCUGUACCACCCAUCCACCCCACCACCUGUACCACCCAUCCACCCCACCACCUGUACCACCCAUUCACCCCACCACCUGUACCACCCAUUCACCCCACCACCUGUACCACCCAUCCACCCCACCACCUGUACCACCCAUCCACCCCACCACCUGUACCACCCAUUCACCCCACCACCUGUACCACCCAUUCACCCCACCACCUGUACCACCCAUUCACCCCACCACCUGUACCACCCAUCCACCCCACCACCUGUACCACCCAUCCACCCCACCACCUGUACCACCCAUCCACCCCACCACCUGUACCACCCAUUCACCCCACCACCUGUACCACCCAUUCACCCCACCACCUGUACCACCCAUCCACCCCACCACCUGUACCACCCAUCCACCCCACCACCUGUACCACCCAUCCACCCCACCACCUGUAACACCCAUUCACCCCACCACCUGUACCACCCAUCCACCCCACCACCUGUACCACCCAUUCUAAACUGGCCAAUACCGAUCAAAACUUCGUGCACUGCUCUGUGAGCUUAAUCUAGUUUAAACCGUCUAGUAGUUUGUUUCACUUGUUAAUUGUCAGAAGUCCUGAACUCUACAAAUUUGUUAUUUGACAAACAAGCAUACAACAAGUUGGUUUUCGUGAUCAAUCAGUUAGCCCUAAAAGAAUGCCAUGCUGACUUGUAAAUUGGUGCGGUUUCAGGUGGACUAUGUUACAGGAUGUAUUGAAAAGCUGGCAAGAAUACAGAGACGAAGAAAGAAGGCUGUCAAAAUGGCUGUCUGAAAAGGAAGGACAGAUUGAAGAUAAUAAGCAUAUUGAUUUGGGUGACUUGGAAGUGGUCAAAAAAGCCCUUAAACUGCUCAUAGUUAGUGUUCUAAUUCCUUCACUACUGCCUUCGUUUUGAUUUUAUUUGUGGUUUGUUCUUGUUUGUUUGCGUUGCUUUGUUUUGUUUACUCUUGGGUAUUCUCUGUAACCGAACCGAGAGAGAGACUUCCCGGCCGGCAUUCUCUUGCUUGUGCCGCUUUUCUGUUCCCCGCUAACUCUUCGCUUUUUUGCGUUUUUUUUUAAGAACAUGGAGCAGGAGAUGGAAGCUCAGCAAGCUACGUUUGGGACCUUUAAUCUUGCUGCCGAGAAAGUUGCUGAGAACCUGGAAGAGGAGUCUCCUGGUGUUGCAGAAAUACAAGAUAAGAUGGAAGAAUUCAAUGACCGCUGGAAUAAAAUAACUACUGAGGUGUCCACCAGAAUCGCCCUGGUAAUAAACACUUUCCAUUUCUUCGUGUGGAGUCAGCUUUAGUGUAAAUGCUGGUGGGGAAUUCUUGUAUCUAGUUAUUUGAUGUUGCCACUACUGUCGUUAUCCAAAGAACCCUUCAAAGAUUAUCGUCUUAGUUGGGCACCACCAAAGUCCAGUUGAUCCUCCUUUGUUAUGUCGCCCGGCGUAAGACCAACGCACAAACACUUGAUUGUGCGUGAAUGAUGAUUGCUGCAAGUAGACGUGACGCACUGGGACAAAAAGGAGCUUUAUUAAGGAGCUUGUUUAUCGUUUUUCUUCGUUAUUUUGACACCGUACUGCAGGCCUUAGUGAGGCCUCCAUCAGUUGAUAAUUAUAUCUAUUUACUGAGCGGGUCUGCUAGUAACACCUUGGUUCCUAUUGUGAUGAUUGAUGCAUUCCGAAUUUCACUAAUGAUUAGUGGGUUUCGUUCCUAAGCACUGUUAGCAUGUUAUUGUAAGAAGCUGUUCCCUUGUACAUAUCCCACACUUCUCUCUACUGGAGCGAGGAGACAGAGUAUUUCUGUUGCUGUUCGACUUACGCUGACGGAAAUGAACGACGGCUGACUUAGGGUUAGGGUCAGCAAUAUUUUGACGUCUUAAAUAUUUCAGUUUCUGUGGAGGCAGCUUUUCUGCUUGGCCGAGCGAUUAAAGUGCUGGACUUGUAAUCGGAAGUCUCCAACUUCAAACCUGUCUAGACCGCAAGCUCAAAUGCCCGAUUACUAAACUUUUUAAGUUCCACUAGAAUAUUUGAUUCAUUAUCCCUAAAAAGCACAACAAGGGGAGAAGAUAUUUGUUUAUUUUUAUAUUUAUUUAUUAUUUAACGUAAGGUCAAAUGUUCUUUAUUUAGUUGGAAGGUGUGGAUCUGAAGCUUCAACAUUUUCAUAAUGAAGUAGUUGAUAAGACUCAGUGGAUAACUGAUACCGAGACUCUGCUCAAGUCCCCCGCGUUCAACUUGGAUGAUGAGAAGAUAUCUAGCGAAAAGGUGGUACAACAAAGCGAGCUUGUGGAGGUAACAUUAUUAAACUGUACUAAAGUUUGUAACGAGUGAGACUUUUUUUUUUUCAAAGUUACUACGCAUACGGAGGAGGAGGCAAUGCUCGAUAAUGCACUCAGAGCAAUACAGUGUACUAGCUGGAUAAGCUGCUAUGUGCACCUUGGACGUUAAAAAACCUUUAACCUUAAACCUUUUAACACGUGCAUCAAUUUUACCGGUUCCAAUAACGCCAGAAGGGGUUAUUUGGGCAGUUAACAACGUCAACUUUCACAGCAGAAUAUUGGACGUUAUGUAUGCCUUCUUGUACUGUGCAAUCUACUUUCUGAUGCCCAUUACAUCCUUUUGUAGUCGCUUGAUAAUGCAAGGAGACAAAGGAAAACAAGCGUCACAUCUGUACAAAGGAAAGGAGAGGAGCUGAUUGAGCAUUGCCGUAACCAAGGCAGUAUACCAGUCACCCUUGAACAAUCGCUUAGCAACUUUACAGAGCGGUGGAGUUCUGUAGGCUCUUUGAUUGACGACCGCAGACAAAAAGCACAGCUGGCGCGUCGCAGACGUGACGUGCAGGACUUGAUGACGACCUUAGAAGUUGUGUUAAAAGACGUGGAGAGAGUCGCCAGCAAAUUUAAUGCGGAUGUUCCUGAGAUUGAAUAUGAAAUCAAAUCCCAGUUAGAGUUGUGUAAGGUACGUCGAUUAUCGCCAGACUUACGGAGGUCCAUUUGUCAAACUGAAUCGAUAUUAAAGGAAACACUUUGUGAACAUAAUUUGUUAACGCAACGUGAUUUGCUUCUUUUUUCCGAAUCCCUCUUUUGUGCAUGACCGUUAAAGAAAACAUGAACAAUUCUGUUGUCCAAUAGCCCGCGGAAAUUUUAAAAGUGAAGGACAGAAAGGGCAUCCGGCUUUCAAUUGUAAACAUUUCUUCCACAGGUAAAACUUGAAGAAAUGGCCACUAAUGAAGUGUCCCUGAUCAAAGUGCGAGAACUUUCGCGAAACCUGAGUAAAGAUGACAGACACACCCCACACCUCCAGGGCGGAGUAAAAAGAAUUGACGAUCGCUGGUCCAAAGCCCUCGCAACUCUUGAAGACAGGCAAAAACAGCUGACAGCCGCCUUGGAGUCUGGGCCACCAAAACAGUUUCUAAGUACUAUGGAUUCGGUACUACUGAAGAUUAAAAACAUGGAAACUCAACUCGCCUCGGAGUUUCUCAUCGCUGAUACCGCGUCACUGGAAGAACAGCUACAAAAAUACAAGGUUAGUUAUGCUGUAGAAAACAACUCCACUGUUUUCUUAUUGUCGUUUGUCUCUUGAAUCUGCUUCUAAACUCAGGCGUUUUUUCCUUUAAUCAGCAACUUCAGGCGAGUAUGGCAGAGCAGCAACGGAAUAUGGAUUAUCUUAACAGCACUGGCGAUAAGUUUGUAAAAUCUCUUCCGCGACAGAAAGCAGAGCAGCUUCGAUCAAAACUGGCGGAUUUGAAUGACAAAUGGCGGGACAUAAAUCUACACGCUGAAAAACGACAAAAUCAAGUGAGCAAUCCAAGUAACAAAUGUACUGCACUGAGUUAAUAGAAUCUUUUGAGUUAAUAGAAUCUUUUGUUGAUAUUUUAAUUUAAUUAUACCGUAAUGUAACCUGUUUGUUAACUGAUAUCGACGAUUAUUUAAAUGUUAGAAGAGCUGUCCACAUUUCAAGUUUCUAUUUUAUUAGAUCUAAGAUAUAUCGGCUAUUUUGUUUAAUCCUUUUUUUGCAUUUAUCUGUUGUUGUUGUCUACUUUUGUUGUUUAUAUGUGGUUGUUGUUGUUGUUUUUUUUAGGUCGGUAAAGCUGUUAAUCAAACUCGGCAGUUUACAGAGGAGAUCAAAGGUUUGUUUAAUUGGAUGAAAGACGCCAACGAUUUCCUCAAAGAUCAAGAGCCGGCCGCUGGGGAUCCAGAAACGUUGGAGGCUCAGCUGGAUCAGAGCGAGGUCAGUUGGUUCACCCACCUGACCCCCCACAGUUCGUCAAAUGCUAAAAGAUAUCAUCAACUGCUAAGUUCACCUUACCAUAUCCAUACGUUGUCCACCACUCAGGUAAGAGUAGGAAACCUGCGGCCUUUUUUAAGGCGUUCUCACUCAUCCCCCUUGAAAUGACAGUCAAGGCUUUUUAUAGUCAAACGCUUGCUUUUUUUAGCGCUUUUCUCAAGCGCGGAAUGGAGGUUACAACUUGCUUGGACGGUCAACUUUUAAAAACACUACAAUGAGGGUUUUCUUUAUAACGGAUUUGGUCAGGUAGUUUAACUAACUUCGUGGAUUGAUGAGGAGUCAACGAAAUUGUAUUGUUUUAGAGAAACAAACCAACGACCCAAAGUAGCGUGUGCAGUGAGAGCAAUUUAAAUACUUUUUUAAAGUCAGCAACUUCACAACCUGAUCGUUUAUUAUUCACCAACCACUUUUGUAGGUGUUGUUUCAUGAAGGGAUGAUGAGACGCCAUGAACUGAAUGCUGUCUGUUUUCUCAUCUUCAUUACUAAUAUUAUUCGUUCAUUUAAUCGUCUCAUUAUAAUCACACCAUUAAUUACUUAUCCUUCUGAGUUUGCGUGGACUUAUUUGUGAGAUAAACAUUCUUCGGAGACACGUUAAUUUUCGCGCGAUUCGGUAUAAUCAGACUUGUGCCUUAAUCAAACUCUUAGCGACUAAUGCAUUACUCAAACUUUUAACAUGUUUAAGCGAUUAACCCAUCACCUCAUCAGCUGAACUUUACAUCAUCUCAUUCUUGAGAAGCACGGUCUGCAGUGAAAGAUAUUCCUCUUUCAGGGUUCACUGUUGCUGUUCGUAAUUUUAAAGGUUCCUUGUUUAUUUUACUGCAGAACACUAUCUUAAAACACAUCAACGCGUCGGAAUUCGUCCAGAAACCUGAUUUAUUCUGUUGUUUCUCAGCAAUGGUAAUAAUUCAGUAGGCUGUAACCAUGUUUUUAUCACGUUGUCAAAUUUAUGUGUGGUGUCUAGGUUGUUUUUUCGUCCUCCCUUAAGCUUGUAUUGGAGGAAACAAGGUCUUUUAGGCCGACGAAGUAUUGUUGCUAUGUAGUUCGGAGUUAUAUUGCAAAUGGCGCUGUUUUUUGUUUUAAGGCUCUGCAAGGCGACGUCACCAAGCUGCAGCGCAAACUGGAAUCAUUGAAUGAGACUGGCGCGUACAUGAUCAGCAAAGCUACGCCUGCGUUUGCUGAUAAACUUAAGCGUGAGCUAGACGAGCUUAACGGUCGCUGGGACGAGCUUGUCCGCGUCGCUCUGCGAGUCAAAGAUAAUUUGGUGGCUUCACUUGAGAAAUAUCAAAAGCUGAGUCAUGACAUAAAAGAGAUGAGUCAUUGGAUCAUGAAGGUAGAGCGAUCUAUUGCUGAUGAUGAGGGAGACACGACUAGCGGUGAAAUUACCCAGGAAAAGAUGGAUCAUUAUAAGGUACAUAACUUAGUGUGUUCGCCACCUCUUCUAUCUGUUACCCAAUGAAAUAUGAUGCCAUACAGCAAGGUGCUUAUUUUGUAUUUCCUGUAGGAGCUGCAGCAAGACAUCUCAAAGCGUGCCCCUGUAGUGGUGCGAAUCAACACGACUGCUAAUCAGAUGAUUGAAAAAACAAAACAGGGGAGUCCUGCUGUUUUGCAGGAAACCAUAAAAAAGCUGAACGGGGAUUGGAACCGACUGAAGACCAAAGUAGCACAGCGGCAACACGAGUUCAAGCAGACUCAGUUAGAACUGGAGCAGUUGAGUGUUUUGAUUGAAAGGGACUACAAGCUGAUGAGUGAACUGGACCGAGUGAUUGAAAAAAGCUAUCACGUGCUAGAAGGAACCGAGGCUGAAAUUGAGGAUACCCUGAGGGUAUUUAUUAUUAAUAUGAGAAGCAGCUAUACUGUACUGAUCAUCUCAUGUUCUUUUCUUAUUUGAGUACAAUGAGUCCAAGAAUAUCAUGUGCAAAGACCCAACGCGGUGCUAUUAUUUUAGCGUGUUUGCGUUUCGUUUACUCAAAAGCGUUAACCAUUCGUUAUCAAAAUGAAGCAAGGGUUGAACUGAGUUGGAUGGUUUAAGAGUUAACUUUCGCCAAGACUUCUGGGACUGUUACCAAGGACUUACCGGCGCGUCUCCAUUAACGAUCCCAGACGUCUUUGCGAACCCGGUUGUGUUUCCCUCUUGUUUGUAAAGUGGCGAAUGUGAAUAUGAAACAGUCACUUAUUUAUAGAGUGUCAGGUGACGUAAAGAGAAUAGCUUACUUACGUCACACAAGUUUGGAUUCUAACAGGGUGCUUUUUAAUGUUCAGAGCUUAAACCGCCAGACUGCUACUAUCAAAGAAAGUGGUCCAGGCUCGGUUCCAGAUCUCUCCAAGCAGCUCUUGAGUAAGCGUAUUGCGGUGACUGUUGUUAGGAAGCAGAUGGAUUUGUAUGAGGUGAUUUUUCUCGCCUUUCUUUUGGCUUUGGGUAUAGCAAUAUUUGUAUCUAAAUUACCACUGCGACGAUCAUAUUUAAUUUGUAUUUCUGCAGUUCACAUCAUCAUUCUGGGUUUCAUUCCUUUCACGGGGUAACAUUCCGGAAUAUCCCUAAAUGUAGGAAAAGGGCCAACUGGUCACGCGACACUUUUCAACCAAUGAGAAGGCGCGCUUGUGUUUAUAGACAAACAAAUAAAAACAUCGCCCCAGUGAUCAAAAAUUUUCAAAACAGGAGUGGAAAAAGUACGUGUUUUGGACCUCGGAUUUCAAAAUUUGUCUGUCAAAGUUCUAGGUUGUCUACCAUCCCCACAUUCAACAUGAUGAAAGUUAAUCGGUAUGACAAUCGAGGAAAAAUAUCUACAACUUCGGAAAAAUCUGUCAAUCGAAAAAAUAAUAGAUACUUGUUCACGUACCUUGAAAACCGACCAAAAUCUCGCCUAUACAUCGCUUUGUUUAAAAGAAGAAAUAAGCCACAAAAUGUGCUGAAUAUUUCACGAGACACUUCCAAUACGGCUUCCGAUACGCUGUCCACUUAAAAAUAUGCCUGAGAGCCUCGAAACGAUGACUGAUUCUGUCCGACUCCGUCCGCAGUUUUGAAAAUUUUUUAUCACUGGGGUGAUGUUUUGAUUUGUUUGUUGAUAAACACAAGCGCGCCUUCUCAUUGGUUGAAAAGUGUCGCGUGACCAGUUGGCCCUGUCCUUAAAUUUAGGGAUAUUCCGGACUGGUUAAGAUGAACUCAUCAAACUGGCCUUCUCCCAAUGUAUAGGUCUUCAUAGCUCAGUUGGUUGGAGCACUGCAGCACUUGCGCAGUGGGGUAAAUUUGCAACUGCUUAAAUUGCAAUUACCACUGCGACGAUUUAAAUUUGUAUUUCCGCAGUUCACGUCAUCAUUCUUUAUACAUCAUCAUUCUAUCAUUCAAUAUUUUAUCUGGUAAGCUGGGUUGUAUUCGUAUGAUAGAUUCAGACCUCUACGAUCAAAAAUGCGUCUUUGAUUCUCGAAAGUAGUAGUCGUUAUACGGCAACAUCCACCUCCAUAAAUGUGAAGGUAAAAGCAGCAUGCUUCAUCGAUUUCUUAUCAAUAGUUUGCAUUCCUCCAUUAUAACUGUUCCGUACCACUGAAAAAGGCGAGACUUUGACAGAACAGUGACUGGUUUUAGUUAAGUAAUCCAUCUCGACCAUGAAUGUGCACUCAAGUGGUUUCAACGUUUGCUUUUCUCAGAUCCCCACAAGAAGUCAACCGGCUGUUGCUUUUCUUUAGAUGGAUUUUUCAUUACCUUGUUUGGAUCCUUUUGACGCUCCUCACAAAACAACAUUUUACACAUAAUUAUAUCGGACUGAAUUUGCUAAAACGUGGUUAAAGAAAUUUCAAGUGAAUUUUAACAGUUUGACAUCUAAGUCGAAUGGAAAACAUUGAAAAGUUACUAGUUAAGGUUCAACAAACACAACUUUAUUGCUGACAACAUCGGGAAAUUUCUCUCCCAGAAGGAACAGGAUUUUGCAAUGAAGUAAACAACACUGGAAACCUCGGAAAAUAUAACUUUUAGUCUCAGCUGAAAACACAAACAUACAUACAUACAUACAUAUCCUUUAUUUAAACACGAUAUGGUUUAAAGCUCAAAGCUUGUGGGGUCGUGUAAAAAUGACUACAAACGGAUAAAACUGUAUAAAAAUAAGAAUAACAUCACUUACAAAAUACAACUACAAUUAAAACUCAAAAAAUAUACAGUAAGAUUCCAACCAAAAAGUAAAGAAAGAAAGAAAGAAAAAUUUAAAAAAAAAUUAAAAUCCACAAUCUCUGAGCACAGAAUGGGCUUUCUAAGACAAAAUCACCUAUACUAAACACUCACGAAGCGUUUUUAUGCUUGGCACAAAGUUUUCUGGUAACACGAGCUCAACUACAUACCUGAGAUCAGCUACUCUCGCCGAAUAGAUUUCAACCUUAGGACCUACUUUGUGAGGCCAAAGACUUGUUACUGCCAACAACAAAGCUCGCAACAUCCUAUCUUUCCGUCUCAAGUCCGGGAUCAGUCUUUCACCCGAGUAGCCCGAAAUGAGACGAAAUACGAGAAGAUAUUGGUCGCAGUAGAUUUGCCAGCCUUGAGAAUUGCUCCUUCAUAAGGCUUAAUGAUGCCUUCCUGAAAAUGUUGCUCAAGGCAGCCAAAAAAACACUCUAAGACAACUCACUAUGAGAGCCGAGUUCAGCCUAAUACGCGCGCUGAUUUCAAACUGACAUACAGAGAGAAUUACGGGAAGUUAUGAAAAACGUUUUUUUUAAGGGGGGGCGGGGAGGGAGGUGGUAGGUUAAUAGCCAGUGAGAAACUCAUCAAGGUCUAUCUACUGCAGCCUAUUCUGUAAAUAUUCGGUAGAAAUUAAGUAAAUAAAGUACUUAUAAAAAAGAACAUGCUCCACUACAAGACUCAGUCAGAAGGUAUAUGAGAGAGAUUUCUAUAGCCAUGUUUUUGCAAAUCCAGUCAUAUAGAUAUCUAGUAUUUAGUAAAAUCCAGCUAGUGGUCUAUUAUCAAUGCUGCGUUCUGAUUGGUUGAGUUACUACUAGGCUAUAUGUUAUAGCCCACUACCACUACCACUUCUCGGUAUUUUUGACCAACUAGUUGGAUUUUACUAAAACAGUUAUUCCUCUCGCCCUCAUGGCCUCUGAGUUAAUAGCCCAUUCGGCCUUCGGCCUCAUGAGCUAUUGACUCAGAGCCCAUUCGGGCUCGAGGAAUAAUUGUGAAAUAUAUAAACGAGUUGAUUUUGCUGAACUGCAUAUAUAUAAUCAUAUUUGCAGGAUCGUUUGUCAGACAUCCGUGGCAAGAGUGAUAAGACUCGUCAGGUUCUUGAAGGGGAAUUGCGGAAGCGACAACAGUUAAGAAAAGAUCUGGAAACGAUUCGAAUGUGGGUUGUGAAGAUUGAAGUUCUUAUCAACUCUAAACUAACCAAACACGAAGACAUAGAUGAGCGAGAAAUCAAGGUAAACAAAUCGUCGCUUUCCGUUUCUUGUACUUUAGUCUGAUGUUAAUUAUGUGAAAGUGACGAGUACUCAAAUAAAGGUCAAAGGUUGAUUGGUUAAACCGAGAAAAUUUUCUGUUUUUAAGUUCAAGAACACAAUGAUACAUUAACGAGGAAAUAUGAACUAGUAGGCGGAAUUGAGACGGAUGAGUAGACUAGCAAACUGAACUGAAAAUUAUUUCAUUUCUGUUUUCAAUGCUGCUUUGUUUUGAGGGUUCAAGUUUUACCUGGUGCAGGGGUCGGCUUUGUACCACAAGUAACUAUUAAAUAACUUCCUGGUGAGGAGGGAGCAGUGAUCCACACUAAGAAAUCAAGUCAAAUCAAGUCACGUCUUUAUUAUGUAAAGGAUACAUAAAAGAAAACCGCGGUCAGAGGUUAUCCUAUCGAGGACGCUCCCACCAAGGUUUCUCAAUUGAGAGUCAUUUUAAAAAUCGGUUUUCAAUUGCAAACAGCCGUACGAUACAGUAUUCUCUUUCUUGAAGUAUUAGGAAUAUCCUGGAAUAUUGUGUUUGUACUUUGUCAAAAAGAAACACCUACGUAACAUCUUGUAAAUGACUAACGUAAACCAAACAAACGCAUUUUGGUAAAAAAAAAAGUCAAGUUAAGUUCUUUUCUCGACUUAUGGUCUUUUUUGUCUUGUUAUACCAGGCUCUAGAAGAAGAGUUUUCUAUGAAUCAGUCACUCAUUAACUCAGUGGAAUCCACUUGCCAGGAACUCAGUAAGACUCCAAAAGGAUCUGCUGUUUACCCCAAGCUGCUUAAAGAAUUGCAGCAGCUUCAAACUAAAUGGAAGACAAUUCACACCAAGUUCUCAGAACUUAAAGAUCAACCUGGCAAAAAACUUGAGGCUGAGUUCGACACGCUGCACGGACAGACGUUGACAGACUUGGACAAAAUUCAGCGUGGUCUGAAAAAGCUGAAGCUAGAGUCCUCAGAACCGAAGAAUGUUAAAAGUCUUUUGGAUAAAUGUGUGGUAUGUGUAUACAUAGUUUUAUGAAGCUGCUUAGUAAUGUUUUUCUAAAGCUUCAACUUAGGGCUUCGGGUGGCAAUAUUUUUUUCCCGUCGAUAUCAUCACUAUAUGAAGAGGAUACAAAGAGCUAGGCCAAUAAAAGGAUGACUUUGUUUUACCUUUGUUUAUCUUAACUUAUCUUAGCAACUGGAACCCAAUGUUUCUCGUGCCGUGGAAAACUCGGUGCUAGCGUAGGUGCUUUAUUUUUGUUAUUAUACUUCAUCUGUGAAACAAUUCGUCUGUCAGUUACGGAACGUAAACUUUAAAGCUAUUUUUCCUACUCCGACUUACUCUUCCGUGAAGUCGUGCUUUCUCUGCUAGCGCAGGUGUUUUGUGUGAUCUUGGUGUUUCUACUUGUGCUGCUUAUAUGAAGUAAUUCCUAGCAGGAAACAAAACAGAAAAAUAUCCAACUGGGUCCGCUUUGUUUGCGGACAAAUGUUUAAUUGUCUAUUUCAUUAAAAACUUUAGAAUAUUCCGUUUUAUGUACUAAAAUGUAGCUACUAUUAUAUGUAACCUUGGCUCGAUAAAGUGCGGUAGAAGACGCUACUAUGAUCAUCUUUUUGUUAUUUUUUGAUGAAAAUUUAAACGUGUUGAUAAGAAAAGUGUUGUGCGGUGAGAAGUGUAAAACAACAGUGCAAGAACUCUGCGUUCUCUUUUAUCGUGGCUAGUACAACAAAAAACUCAAUUCAUAGUUUUUAACAGAUUAAGCAAAGACUUGGAACAAUAUGUUGUAAAAUCUAGCUUUCAUUUAUAGUUACAGCGGUCCCAAACUCACGGCAAAUGUGAAUCCCUUAAAUAGAAAUUAAUAUUUAAAAGAGUUAUUUGCGUAUACCUUAUCGGAGACUGCUGCGAUUUUUCAAUUUUUGUUAUUUUGUAAACCUUGACUCAUUGCCCAAAUGAAGAAGUUUAAUGAGGGUUUUUUGUUAUUAUUUUGUGUGCGUGUGUGUUUUUUAAUUAUUGGAAGGCAAUGGUAUUUCUUCGCGGUUUUUUUUUGCGUGUCCAUCAUUUUCUCUUUUUUCGCUUGUCUGGAAUUUAUAGAACAUUUUAUCGCAAACCACAAUAAGAUCGCAGAACGCACAUUGGAAAGUUUUAUCGUCUUUAUGUAUAUGAUCCCACCUUUUUUUGCGCAAGUUUAUAAUUGGUAAACUUUUUAUUGUUUUGAAAACAAAAAGUGGUAAUCCAACAAUCGUUUGCAUGCGACCACUGCGGUCAUUAUAGAGAUUUCUGAUUCUGCUUUAUAGCGGGCGUAGUUUUGCUGGAUGUUUCAAUAAUGUUUUCAUCCUUUCGCCAGAAAUUGCUCUCGGUGGCCGAGGUAAAUCCAUUGAAGAUUCUUUCGUUUUUUCUUUGCAGCAUUUUGCGAUUCGCAUGAGGCUUCAGGGCAUUUUAAAGAAUAUUGCUGCUAAACUCGCUAUUGACAAGUGAAGAAGCGUGCUAUAGUCAUCACUUAGUCUCAGUCUAUUUCAUUUAGGGUGAACUCAUUUACGUUUCACGUCGCAUUUGUCCGUUGGAAUUUUUCUUUCUUUCUCUUUUUAAAACUUAAAAGAUAUUUAAUUCCACCAGGCAGAUGCUGCAAAUUGAACGUGCCCUUUGAGUGCUCUUUAUAAUCUUUACUAUUCAUGCAUGCUUUGAAGUGACCGUGAUCUAUUGCAAAGAUUGGUUCCUAUGUGGUGUUCAAUUUUUAAAACGAAAGUUCAGUCGGUAAGCAUUCGUGUGGGAUAAUUUCAUUGAUUACCUCUGCUAGGGAAACGUUGACACGACUAUUAACACGAAAGCGCUAGUUGUAAGGUUCCGCGUCUUUUUUCGCAUGCUCAAUCAGUUUAUUGUUUUUGCAUUGGACAGAAGUCACAAUCGCCAGUAUUGAAUUUCCUUGAAACUAAAUACUUUUCAAUUUCCUUUUUUCUGAGAUUGAUAUAUCGCUGCGCAGAGUUUUUUCUGCAUUUGGUGACUUUUUUCUUCUGUUCCAUUUCGUGAGGCUCAAAAUCAAACAUUUUACUUUUGCAGUAUAUAUGUCCUCUUGAAGCAAUGUGUCACCAAUGUUUUGUUUUUCUUGCAGUCUUAUAAAGAUGAACUGGCCACCAUUAAACAGGACUUGGACCAAGUCCGGAAACUUGGCUUCCAGAUCAUGGAGAGAGCGCCUGAGGAAAAAAAGACUGGGGUCGAUCGACGAGUAGAGGAAGUGAUCCAUGAACACAGGGAACUGGAGAAGAAAGUUCGAACCAAGGAAGAGGUGAGUUAGUGUGCGGAUUAUCUAAACGUGGUUAUUUCUUUAAUUAACAAUUAAUUAAUUAAUUAAUUAACAAAUUGAAAGAUAGGCGGUUGUUUUGCCAACCCGUGGAAAUAACUCUGGAAAAUUCUUAGUGGUCAUCAAUUAAUCACUCUAAAUAUACCAUGGUGUGUGUGUUAACGAGGAAAGCUCUUUGGAGUCAGUCGCAAACCCUACGAGGAUCAUCUCAGUACUGACUAAAAGCUCAAUCAAGAGUGCUGCUCUGUAUUUUACUGAUUUUUUCAAAGCAGAAUUGCUAAAGAAAAUAGCUAAUUGUUGUUUGUUCCUUUAUUUCUGGCGCAUUUUAUUUGAUUUUUCUUCAUUUCCGUCAAAUUUAAUCCGCUUCUGAGUGCUGCAACCUUUUGUAAUCUUCUCUGAAGAGCUGUUUUUGUAGCCUCACAUUUCAGAAGCUCAUAGCGAUCACGUAGGUUUCAAAUUCUGGAUGUCGGCUUUUUUUCUGAUAAAAUAAAAUACCGGUCUGAAACAUUCGGACUCGAAAUAGAAGUAAAAAUAUUUCAAAAAAUAAAUAAACAAACAAACAACAAAAAUUUGUCCUCAUAAAAAGGUGAGACUAAUUGUUUUUCUACAAUACUAUGUUAUUAGAAUCUGAAUUGUACUGCGUAAGGAGCAUGGUGUGUUGAAUUUCACUGAUAUGGGUGGUAGCUGGGAGAGUUCGAAUUAGUAGGUCGACCGUUUUUCGAGCUGUUUUUGAUCGUGCUGUAUAUAUUAAAAGAAAAGGAAAUUUAUAACCGAGUUAUUAUUUCAACUUAUUGGCUUUGCGUGAGUCUUUUUUUUAAAUUAAAGUCAUAUUUUGUUGUGUUGUGAUCGGAGGUAGGGUUGGUUGCUCCUGCUGCGGAUAACUGAUCUACAGGAAAUGUGGAACACAAUGUGAGGAAUAAAAAUAUUGUUCUAAUGAAGCCUUAAACUGCUUGUUUUUUUGUUUUUUGUUUUUUUUUUUUUAAUGAAAAUGAAAUCUGAGCUUUUACUAAUCAACGGUAUCAUCAGGGAUGAUUUGACAAAUCAUUUGAGAAAUUUUGAUUUUCUAAUAUGUUGGAGAGUUUCAAUUAGAUAAGCUCUUAUUGUGUCUCAAGAAGGAAUACGAAUAGAUUUGCUUGCUAGAUUGAAACAAGAUAAAGCGCCCGAAAUCACGUUCUUGCUUAAACGCACAUAGCAGUGGGCUUGCCGAAAUCUCCAAGUUGGAGCUUUUUGUACCAAAAUAUUAACAAUAUUUUUGCAAUUGUGAUAGCGUCUGACGUUUAGCUGUGGCUCAGACCUAACUCUGAGGUUUUUCUUUCUAUUUUUUUUUUGUAUUCAAAUCUGUUGUGAGCUAAAUUGAUCUUCUCAAUCGGUAAUUGUCCAGUUUACAUCGCAAUUUUAAUGUUUUGCUUCUUUCAGUCAUUUUAUUAUUAUUAUUUUUAAUUCAUUUCCUCUCUUGAAUUGUCACUGCUGUCUUGCUGAUUCAUAGGGGAGGCGAGAAGGGAUUGUUACAGGGAGGGGGGGGUUAGGGGAAUGGUUACGGGGGGAGGGCUAGGAGCAUUGUUCAGAGUAUUAAUUCAUCGACCAGUUUUGCAAUCGACCUGAAACACGGAAGAUGAUUACACCGAAAUGAUUUUAAAAGAUACAGGUAUUGGAACUUUUUAUUACGAGGAGGUCAAUGUAAAAUUAUACUAGGUUUUUUAAAAUAAAUUAAUAACUUUUGGCUCGGUUUCACCGCAUAAACCGUAAUUAUUUUAAAAACAAUACUGAAUUGAACUCUCCCAUUGGAUUUUCUUCUUUAGCCCUCAUAGAUGAUAUGGAGAUAAGUAUAACCAUCUGUUUUGAUUCACUUGGAAUUAGUUUUUUCGUAGCAUUGUUUCACCGUUUUGUUGCCGGCAAAGUUAUCGCUUCGAUGUUUCAGAAGAUAUCACAGGAAGUUAAAUGAAGCCAUGGUCGGGUUUAAAAUCUUCGUGACUAGGGCGUCUGACUGAAAAUUUAACCAAAAAACUCUCAUCAAGAUUGAGUUCACGGUAAAUCUUUAAAUUUUAAUACAUCUUUGUGUGUUUUGGAUUGCGAACUUGUAGAAUUUUGUUUUGUUGUGUUAAGCAGAUGUAAUUUUCAGAACUCUUUUAAAAUCCUUGGCUAAAAGACCAGUGCUUUUGUGCGGUGCAUGAUGUUGUUCAUAUAUCAAGCCAACUAUUCAGAAAUGAAAUCUCCGAACAUACUUUAGUUCGUGUUAAAAUGCUAAGUUCAAUUCACUUGCGGUCUUUCAGUUAUGUAUACUUUCUCCUGUAUGCUCUUUCUAUACAGCUUUCGCUAAGGCUGUUAGAUACAACACGUUUGUUACUGGGAAUUGUUUUUCCAAGUUUCUUAAUUAUCACUUCCUGUAAAUUAUAACGUUACCGAUUGAGCUGGUUGCAGUGAAGUCUCAGUAAUUUGUGUGUAUUUAUUUGGUUCUUAUUGUCUUUAGUGGAUUACAACUGAACUGUAUUAAGAAGUAAAUAGUGUCGUAACACCCGAGAAAUGUGCAUCAACAUAUUCUGCUGUGGUGUUUUGCGUACGGUAAACUCCGUGUAAGACAUUUGCUGUAUGUUCUAAUCUGGGGCAUCGUUAUCUCUCAGUUGAGUGUUUUGUCUCGUUUUUAGUACUAGUGAAACGCAGGUGUAAGGCCUUGAAAAGGCUGUGUGUUUAGGACUCUGAUGUAGUUAUAAGGCAAGCCUACAAUUGUAGCCCCCGUGAUAACCUUUUUUGUUUUCAUAUGUAGGGUAAAUCUUAAUUGGUUACUAAAAAUCAGAAAACCACAUCACGAGGCGUCAUUGAAAACGGAAACUGUUUAGAAUUUUCUAGUUGUUUUAUAUUUUAUUAUUAUUUUUUUUAUUGUAGCCCGGCGGCUCUAAGCAUUCAGACUUUCUGGGGUUAAUAUAUAGCGUAACCUAUAAUUAAAAUGUCUUCGCGGACUGGAGUAUGAAAACAUCGAAAGAAGAGCUAGCUGAUAGAUGAUAACAACUUAGAAAUUACGUUUAGUUUAAUUUCUUGCACAAAUCAUUAUGAGGCGAGAAUACAUGAAUAGUGACGUCAUAUUUGGUGUUAGGCUUUCCGUGAAGCUUUACCAUUGGCUGAGCGACUUGAAAGUGAUAUGAGCAGUCUGGAGAGAUGGCUUGAUGAUAAAACAAGUGAAGUGAGGACAAGAGAAGAAGCUGGCUUCCCUGAGGACGUGGAUGCAGAGAUUAAGUGGAACAAGGUUAGUUAUUAUACAGAGUGUUUAAAAAAGCGGGACUGGCUUGGAUUUUUUUUCUAAAUGCUGUAUUGGUUAGGCGCGUAUUUUUUUGCCAUUUUUUUUUCUAGACAAUUGAAAGUUAUCUCUUUUUUUUUGUCUUAUAGUGCACGUCUUUUUUUUGUUAGUAAUUUAUACUCUGAUACAAAGUUGUUAUAAAAUACUUCUUCUUUCUUUAUCUUUUCUGCUUUUUAAAAUUUUUUUAAACCCCCUUUAAGCACAGUUGGAGGAGACACCUGUGAAUUCAAAAUACUGGCUUUCCCGCCCUGAUGACACCCUAAGUGAUACUCAAAAUCCGGGUGUCUCUGUGGUUUGUUUAAGCGUAGUGAUGAAAUAUGGGAUCCUCUCUCGGCUGUUAGCUUUUUUUUCUAUUCACAAACUAUGAGGGAGUGCUCUGCUAUGCCCGAUUCAGUCAGCAUGAACAUAGACAGGAUAAACGAUAUCCGGUAACAUUACUCUACAAGUUCGGUUCGCUACAACGCGUCUUACUUAUGUGUGUGAAAAACGUGACAGUCUGGUGUAUGAUGCUCAACGAAAUUGUUUGCGCUGUGCGGUUUUACAAAGGAGUUAUCGCACUGAUAUUAUUCUGCCCGUUUGCGCCGCAUUUUUCACUGAAUAAAGUCUUGGUUAACUCAAUAUAGCAAUGUUUACAAAACGAACUUGCCAUUCAUUCACUUCGCAACUCUAAGCAUCACGAAAGACGAAAUUUUGAGAGAUCUUUAAUGAGCGCUGUGAAAAAUGUCAAGAAAAAGUUCUAAAAGAAAGAUGGCUCAUGGAUUUAUUUUGACUCAUUCUAGUCGAACUGGACGUGUUGGGUAUUACAAGGUAGUAUGAUAUAAUUACUGAACUUAAACUGAUUUACCUGUUACGGUAUGUUUUGAUUUACACUACACUCGUUAGUCAGCCACUAGGCAGGGAUUUUAGGCUGAAAAAUUGUGUGAUAAAUUCACUGGUAAUGAUUUGCAUGGUUUAUUCUUCUUGACAAAAAACUCUUUAAUGGAGAUGUUUUGAAAAUUUCUUUCGCAUCAUUUCGUAGUCGAGCAGGGUAUUAUAAGCUUCUCUUCUCAGUGGUAAGCUCUGAACAUUCUUCUUGAAUAAGUUCUCGCCGGAAAACCGCAUCAUAUUCCAGCGGCUAUACGCUUUAAGAAGCCACUCGUUUUGAUACCGUGAUCUUUAACUUAGGAGAGAAUUAAAUUUAAGCACAGUUAAUGUGAAUCCUUAAGUUGUAUAACAUUGAAAAUCCCACGGUCUUUUCGAAGAUUGAACGCGAUAUUUCUAGUGCAAUUUGUUCAAAAGUAUCUUGAAACCUUUUCCUGAAAGGGUCUUGUACAAGAGGUGACAGGCAAAAUGUCAGAUGUACAGCAACUGACCCAAGUAGGCCGCGAGUUGGUAGACCUGUCAGAAACAGGGCAACUGGAUAACCUAGAAGACAGAUUAACUCGCAUCAACAACGCUUGGGAAGAUCUGAGUUCCGCGGCUGAGCAGAGAAUGUUGACCUUGCCGAAAUAUAAAGCAAAGCUGGCUGAUUUCGAGAAAUCUGUGGAUCAGAUGAACCAGUGGCUAGAGGACAUGGAGCGAGAAACCAACAAAGUUCAUCCUAAGGAAGAAGAGACUGACUUAGUCAAGAAUAAGAUUGAUGUAAGUUUUAUUUUAUGAAACUUUCUUUGAAAUAUAUUCAGUACACAAUAUAGGCUAUCAAACAAAGACAACACUUUAAGCAAUACAAUGCCUUUGCGUAAUCCACUGUACUUCUUUCAAACAGAUGAAACCGACAAAGUGAACUCAACUUACGGCAUCCUUGAUAUUUUUUCUGUUAGCAAAUCAUUUGAAUAAUCUGAAAUCGAUGUAAAUAUGUUGUAAAUGUAUUAGCUCUUGUAUUCUUUUCGAUUGGUGAACAAUAUUUUGAUAAUCUAUUUUCGUACUAUUUUGACACCUCCAAAUCACAUGAUUCAGUGCAGUCUGGUACUUUUUAAACUUGCAAGAAAAAUGUGAGCAUGGUGUAGAAAAAAUGUACUGUUUGCCGGUUAUCUUACCCAUUCAGGAAGUGAAUUUUGAGACAGCUUCCAAACGAUUGUCCACGACAGGGAAGCCUCAGGCAGAGUCGUCACCAGUUCGCCCUCUGAUAAUGUUUUAUUUACUUCUCUUUUUAUUGAUCAUAUUACCACUAAGAAUAGUUACAAAUUUUCUAGUGGUAGGGCAGGCUGAAAAUAAAACCACGGGGCUUAUAUUAAUUACGUUCAUUUACAAAAGAUUGAAACCGUAGAAGUCAAUCAAAAGUUGAAUAAAUAAAAGACAUGGAAUAAUGAAAAAUCAGAAAGGGCAUUAAGCCAGCUGAGAGGUAUAAUUAACUUAAGACUAUGUUAAUUAGCAAUAUUAAGUAAAAGGGGAAAUUAAUAGAGACAGUUAUUAAUCAACAAUAUUCAAGUAAUUUACGACAGAUUUGUUUGUUAAUGAAAGUUAAUUCUUUUUAAAGACAUUUUAAAAGGUUCGGUUUUUUUAUUCAGUAGGAAGGGUAUUCCAAAACUUAAGGCCAUGAUAAGCAAUGGUAAAUUUCCUAUAAUUUGAGAUCUUUAGUUCAUUGUAUUUCACGUAUUGUAAACUAAACAAGAAUCUGUCAUGAAAGCUUAUUGGAAGUAACUUGUUCUUGCAUGAAACAUGAACGGGCCAAUCAAUAACGUAAUAUAGAUAUUAGUUACAAUGUACAUUGAGAAAGUUAUGGGCAUAGGAGAAUGAAUCACUGGGGGCAUGGUUGUGCUUUUUUUUUUUGGGGGAGGUAAGAUUGAAUGAAAAUAAAAUGGGUUUCAUUAACUGGACAUCUAGAUGCCUUUAAUCAGACAUCCAUUGCAUUGUUACGUUGAUCUUGGUUGAGAAGUUUUGUUGUUUUAUAACCAGGAAAUCCAAGAGAGCAUCAAGAACCGUGAACCUCAAUUGAACCUGAUUAGAAAACAGAGCGGUGAGUUUGUUUCCCGCGGGAGGCAAAUCAUGGAGCCGUACAAGCGACUACUGGACAGACGCUGGGAUGAUCUGUCGUCACGGAUAAAAGAGUUAGAGGAAGAGCUAGAAGACACUAAAAAGAAGGCACAAGAGGCGAGAGCUAAAGGAGGAAGAGUGGAAACAGAAAUUAUCAUUACGGUCAGUUUGUGGACAGUACCACAUUAAGACAAAGGUCACAAGCAAAAGAGCUUUUCUUCUCGCAUUGUACUUCAUUCAUUGUUGUUUAUACUUCGUGCGACUCAGGAACGAUUAAUUUCUUGAAUUAAUAUUUGAUCAAUUCUGAUUUCAGGAACGCAAAACCGUGUCUUCUAAGCCUGUAGGUUUGAUUGACGAGCUCUUGCAGGGACAAGAAAGAAUGGAAACCGACGCUGGACAGCCAAUUGUCGAGACGAUUACUACACACAGGACCUACACAACCAACAGUGCUCCGCCGCCGAGUACAGGUGCCGAACUUAAUUGUUAAUAUAGAAAAAAUAUUCAAUUUGGGAAACGGUUUCUCUAUGCAAGAAUGCACUCAAGUAGGUGAUUCUGUUAUGAAAUUUUUUUCCAUUUUAUUUUUAAUUUUAAUUUUCCAUGUUUGUCAAAAUUGAUGGAAAAAAGAAAAAAAAAACAUUGUUUUUCGGUGGAGCUCUAUUUUUACUAACGCGUAGCGUAGUGCUUUGGAUCUCAAUCCUAAACUGAUUCGUGUGAUUCCUUUCUCAGGGAGCUUCACUGAUGAUGAUUUUCAAAGGCGGCUGGAUCAGAUUUUAUCGGACGUAAAAGGCCUUGAAGAUCUUCUCAACGAGAUCCAGUCACCAAAAAAAUCAACAGAGAAGGAAGUAAAUGAAAAGAUUAAGGUGCGUCCACAGUCUUAUUCUAGACACUCCUGUGUAAGUGAGAAACGCUUAGCUAAGAAAAAUUUAACAGCCUAUGGACAGAGAGCAAACAAUAGUGGAACACAGGACUCCACAAACACAUUCGAUAUAGGCGAGAAAAGGAGGGUCAGAAAGUAUUAAUUAUCGCGUGCUGUAGAAGUUACAUUGCCCUUAUGUGUCUUAUAGGUAGCAGAGAUCCAAAUUGACAACCUUCAACCGCGCGUAGCGUACCUGUUAAAGGAGAGCAAAGCACUUGCUAACCGGGAGGGGGGUGCGUGGGGAGAUCAUAUCCAUCAGUCGAUGCUAGAUCUUUCAAGUCGCUGGCUUAAGGCUUGUGACGAGUUAGAGAAGCAGAAGAAGGCUGUUCGUAUUGUUCCCAACUGGUAUCAGUUCCGAAGUAACUUAGACGACAUUGACGCCUGGCUUAGAAAGAUGGAACAAGACAAAGAAGAGGCCGUGCAGGUGAGGGGAGCUGGACCUGGUGUUGUUCCCAGUCUCUACACCUUGCCCCAGUUGUUCAAAAGCUGGAUAGCGCUAUCCAUCGGAUAAAUCUCUAUCCAGUGGAUAAUUGUUAGGGAAACCAAUUGCACUAUCCACUGGAUAGAGACCUAUCCGGUGGAUAGCUCUAUCCAGCUUUUGAACAACUGGGGCCAGAACAAUGUACGCUGAGUAAAAGCGUGUACUGGGUGAUAUUUACAGGUGGUAAGAGUUAUCUCGGGAAAAGAUUUUUCAGAUAUACUUUUUUUAAUACUCCUUAAAUAGCUUUUUGACGAAUCUUUUGUAUAUACUAACCAUAUACUUAUCGCCUGUUAAGUCGCCUUUUCCAGUUGAUCAUGUUUCUUGUCUUGGCCAGGAGCUGAAACUUGAAGAAGUCGAGGAGCAGCAAGCCAAAUAUGAAAUGGUGUUUAAAAACAUCGAGGAACUGGACAGACAAGGAGUCCAAAUACUGUCUCCUGGAGAGAUAGAGAAACUUAGGAAGCGCUUCAAAGAUGUUCACACAAAGUUUUCACAGUAUCAAAAGCCUGCAGGAGACAGUAAGUAUAACUGAAAUGUUUCAUGCUGCAAAGUGGGCCGACACUCUCCAUGAUGAGAAAACUGAUCACAAACUUGUAUCUUGUAUGUCUUUGAAUGUUAUUCACCCAUUUCCCAGUCAGUAAUAAGCUACUCCCCAAUAUUGACUUGCCAGUGAGGCUCAACAUGAGGAUUUGAGCAUCAGACGUGUGAAAAGCGUCAGUGUCGCUCGCUGUUUACUUAAAUUUCUGUGUUUUUUACUUUCAGCUACUUCCUACCGUAUCACAGUUCACACUGGUGAUGUAAAGGAUGCGGGAACUCAGUCUAACGUGUCUGUAGUUCUGUUUGGUGAGAAAGGAAAAUCACCGAAACUUCGGCUCGACAAAUCUGAGACUUACAACACCAAAUUCUGCCGCGAUCAGCUCGACAUAUUUACUGUUUACAAUGUCCCACAUCUAGGUGAUUUACGCAAAGUGCAAGUUUGGCACGAUAGAACCGGGCCCAAACCCGACUGGUUCGUGAAGGGAUUCUACAUUGAAGACAAAUCAACUAGAAAAGUUUACUUUUUCAAUUGCAGCACUUGGAUUGGUCGAGAUAAUGACAUGCAAGAUAUCAAGUGUGAGGGGUACACUCUUCCCGAUGGUAAGUUUUUUAGAAUGGGUGUGGUGGCGGAUCGCGUGCCCUAGUGAUUUGUUGUGGACUCAGUAAUAACUGUCUACAAGGACUAUCUUAUUUAAUCAAAAGGACGUGUUUAUUUUAUCGACGUGAAAUAAAUUUUUAGUAGUUAGAGUAACAAGUAGUUUGAACGAGUUAACGUGGAGGUCGUUGAUACAGACUUUCGCUGCUGGUAAAUCUUCUUUGCAUUUCUUUGUUUGGUUCUCUCCUUCAACCUGUUAGCAUUUUUUUUUUCAGAAGGUGAAGAUGUUAUGACUAAGUCCUCUCUGGCCCGAGUCCGCUGGCAAGUUACCUUAGUAGAACAUGAGCCUACAAAGAGUCCCGGAUGGAAAUUAGUGGAUGACAUGAGAAAGUUAUCAGAUGAAGUUCAUGAAGUGGAGUUACUGCUGGAGUCACGUGAGUUACAGAAGGCGGAUUUCGAAGACUUCUCUAAACAGGAGGAUAAAUUGAAGGUAAGUUGCUCAGAGUUCUCAAGUGGCACCAAAGUUGAGCGUUUGUUUGGGGAAACAACUCCAUUAAUACUCUCAAGUGGAAGGUUUUAGUUCAGUACACAAUCUAAAUUGUAAGAACUACUUGAAAACCUGAAAAAAAAUAUAUGGUAUUCAAGCGGCCCAGACAGAAAAGGUGUCACGUAUAUAUAAAUGAAGAAUUGAACAGGUUAAGGAAAGGAUCUUUCUCGGAGUAAACUUAUACUUUUAUACUCUGAGGAACUGGCCCAAUAUCUAUAGGCCUUAUUAUGGUUUCUUUUUAGGCUUCCUUACCACAUUGCAUCUGUGAUCGAAUAAAUAAACUAAACUAAAUUAAACUACUUAGUACUUUAGAAAGACAAGAUUGUUCUCAUGCCUUAAAUAGCAUUGUUUGAACAGACCUAUCUAUCCGUUUUGCGACUAUUACUGAUCUGAUUAAAAUUUAUGCUUCCUCCACAGCUGAUUGGAGAGAAGAUCGAGGAUCUUGAUCCACGUGCAUCAGAGGUUCUGUCUCGCAGCGAAUCAGUUCAGUCGGCUUGCAAUGAAAAAGAAUACGAAGCUGUGAAGAGGGCUGCCAGCAAAUUUAGGCUUCAGUGGAACAAUCUGAACCAGGUAGAUACUGCAUGGCGCUAAUUUAGUUCUAUGUAAAGUUUUACUUUAUACCUCAGACUUUUUCAACCUUUUGUUGGUCCGUGACGCUUGCAUUGACAACCGUUUCAUUAUAUAGAACAAUGAGGAGAACUUAUGGUUUGAAUUUGUCGUUGCUCUUGUCAGGACUACAAAGCUCGCUUGCUUCGCUGGGAAAAAGCAGUCGCCGUGUGGCGACAGUUCCAUUGCGACCUAAAGGACGUGACCUCAUGGAUGACGAAUGCGGAAAAAGUUCUAGAAGAUACGUCCGGGGAAAGUGAAUUUAAUACUGCGAAGAAGGAACAAAAGGUAGGUUUGAAAAAGGUACAUUGUCAUCAAAAAUAAUAUGUUAAGCAGUACAGAGACUUCAAAGGUUACUGAACUGAUCUUUGCAUGUAUAAUAACACAUAUUAUUACAUAACGCAUGUACACUCGCUACAUUCGUGGAGUGCUUACUAGUCUCGUUGGGGCAAGAUUGUUUGUAUAAAAAAACAAAGGAACCAAGACGAAAGAAGAGCUUUUGGCUGAUUCAGACUUGAAAGUUAUGUGGUAACUUCCGUGGAAUCUCACUGUGUUGUCCUUCAAAUCUUUUACUGCUCUUAUCUUUAUCUUUGUCAUGGAUUUUGUAAAAAUGUUUGAGUUACAGCCCUAAUUUUUGUAAAAUUCACUUGCUGCCUUUUCCAGGGAUUAGAGGAUGGUAUUGCUCGUCAUCAGAGCACAGUGAACGCCAUGAAUACAGCGGGACAAGAGAUUAUCAGCAAGUCAACAACCAUAGAGGCUGAAAUGUUGCGUGAUAAAUUGGCCACACAAAAUCGACGCUGGGAGUCCAUCUGUAAUCACGUGACGGACAGAAGAGACAGGUAAAGUCUUGAUUGACAGUUGAUUGAGAUAAGCGUUCUAAAAUUGAUUUUAUUGAUACUUAAUCGGCAGUAUAGAUGAAAACCCUAAAUCGCCACAGCUCGCUGCAAAAAAACGGGAAGGAUUUCUUAUUCACAUCAUUAAAAAAACCCUGUUCAACAAACAAAAUAGUAUUUAUUUUUCCUUCCCUUGAAGGUUUAAAGAAGAGGCAAUGCAGAUUGAAGAGUUCUUGGAAGAAAGCGCGGACAUGUUGCAGUGGAUGGACGAGGCUGACACUAUUUUGCAAACAAAAGACCCAUCACCUGCUGAUGAAGAUGCUCUGGAAGAACUCAUUGAAAAGAUCAAGGUAUGAACGGCAACAGGAUCAGCUGUUUGGUUUGAAAUCAUCUUUUUCUAAGUUUCUCUAAGGGCAAAAUUUUCUCCUCUUGGUAUUGAUAACUAAAGUUUUCUUUGUUGACUAAGGAUCAUGUGCCUGUCAUUUUCGUAGGAUGUACAGAAAGAGCAAGACAGUAGAGAAGAUUCCAAGAACAGCAUCCAACAGACAGGAGAACGACUUUUAGCCAAGCCCAACAUAUCUAAACCCAACUCUGAAACAAUUCAAACACGUCUGGAUAUCCUGCUCACUCGCUGGGAUAUUCUGCGUGCAGACAUCGCCACGCGCACUCGAGGCGUCGAGUCUAAAGUCAGACGCGUGUCAGAAUUUUUAGGAAGCCUAGAAGAGCUAAGCUCCUGGGCUGCAACUACAAGAGAGUUACUUGAAAAGCAGGAAGGAGGCAUCUAUAAUCAAGAGAUUGUUGAUCCUAAGGUUUGUUAUCUAAUACAGCUUGCUGGAUCUUCGAUAAAUCUCUUGAAAAGGAAUCCAAGUAUAAAUCAGCAGCUUGUAUUGUUAAGCAGUUUUUGCGCAUAGUUUUGACUUUUCAGUUUCCACAAGGGAGAGCCUUUGAAAGAGGACAUGGAUAUUUAGGUGCUAUUUUAAGAGUAAUUGGUGAGAAGAAAGUGGAAUUAAAUUUCUCGAGCAAUUCUGUUGGUUUCUUGUUUCGCCUACUCAAAGGUAGUGGUAACUGUCGUGAGUACUUAUUACUAGCCAAGCUUAACUAUCAAAGUUCCCCAAAAUCUAUAAGGUUCCUGUUUUCGUAUACUUUAUUUCAGUACCUUAUCAUAUAAACCUAGCGAAUUCUAAUUAAAUUACGUCAUUCUUUUUUCCAGACUGUCCAGGAAUCUCUUAAAUCUCGGCAACCAAAGCUAGACUCUAUCAAUGAGAGUAUGGCUCGGUACAGACGUGAAAGCAAACUCGAUGGAAACCAAGUUCCAAAGCCUCUUGAAGCCAAGGUGAAGGGUCUUAAUGAUGACUGGAGCCACAUUGCAUCACUAACAGCUGAUAUGUUUGCAGCCCGUGUUCGAUCACCUCGUAAACUAGUUGAGGAGACUGUUGUUGAAGUAAAUCAACACACUCUUCAUGCCGAGGUACCAAUCAUCGUAGAAGACUGGAGUGAGGGUACGGUUCAUUGUUUUUAUUAUUGUUAAAGCGGACUUAAAAGAGUGUUAGGGGUUAACUCGAAAACCUCGCGGUUCCUUUAGCCUUUAGGCUCCAAAUAAUUAAGUACUAUUCCCUGUUAUCCCAUUGUAAAUUUGUAAUGUAUAUAACAUUUUCCUUGUAAUAAUUCUAAGUGUGAGUCAAUAAAAGAUUGUUGUUGUUGUUCUAUUCGCGGAUUGCUCUUUGACUUUUGAGGGAUAAGAGUUAAUAUCGCAAAGUACACAAAAAUGCAUCUUUAAAAUUGCUGGAUAAGUAAAUUGUUGUAUCUGUUUUGCGAAAACCCCAAUAACGUGAUAACAUGUCAAACAUUUCUGAAAAGACUUCUAGUCCUUUCUCACAAAGCGUUAUGUUUGUCGUUUCAGAGAAAGCAUCACCAUGGCCUAAGUUCGAUAAAGCUGUGUCCGAACUGCACGACUGGCUUAACACGCUAUCAAACAUGAUGAAAACCGAGAAGAUUGUUUUGGGAGAUUCAGAAGACAUGGAGGGACUUUUGGAGAAGCAAAAGGUACUAAACCAUCGUCACAGGAUAAAUACAAGACGCUUUCAGUAAUAUUUUGGAUUUGAUGGAAAUGCGACUUUUGGUUUUCUACGGUCUUACAAUCCUUUUUACAGUUGUCUUUUUCCAUACGUCCUGCGUAAUCGCGUCAGUUUUAACGAUACUUAGUUCACUUUUUAGGAUUGCUGAAACAACAUAUUUGUAUUCGACACAAAUUAUAUUAAGCGUAUGUCAUUUCAGUCGAUAGACGAGCAACUUAAAACAAAGCAGCACCUAUUGGACGAGAUAGCAGAGAUGGGACACACGCUGGCUGAAGACGCACAGACUGAGGAAGACAAGUUCCUUAUUGACGGCAAGGUAGGUCUUGACGUCGUACGCACCAAUAUGUGAUAGUACGACGGAAGCAGAGGAAACCAAAAAAAAAAGUGACUGAUUGAAUCAAUGGGUGAAGAACCCUCAUUUGCAUGUAGAUAGGACCUGACCAGAUGGAUAAUUAAGAGUUGGGCUAUGUCCAGACUAUACAGGAUAGUAUAGUAUGAAUCAGACCUGUUCACAUGGCAUGAAAGAGUUGCUUAGAAACCUAUCCGAUAUGUGAUGAGCCACGCAGCCUCAUGUGUGAACAGAAGCAGAAGCCCUAUCCGAUGUGGUUACCGUAACGGCGAAAUGCUAUCCAGUAUGGUGUAGACAUAAGUAUAACCUAAUUAAUUCUGACCUUUCGUUACACUUUUUCCAAAUACGAUUCUUCUAGGACAUCAAAUAUUGCCAAUUCUGGCCUUAUUGUCGCGCUUUGUACUGCGUGAUUAUGGAACUUGCGUAUUUCAGGUCAGCAAGUUGAAAGGUCAUUGGGAGACUAUUGAAAAUAACUCGGGAGUGUGGCGAGGACAAAUUGAUUACCUAAUUGAAGAGUGGAAGAGGUUCGUUGAGCUUCGGGAAGAGCUUCUCGAAUGGAUCCGGAAAGCCGAGGCUUACCUGAAUGAGGACGAAAAUGUGUAUGGGUACACGGUUAGCGAGUUGGAAGAGAAAAUUGAUAAACACAAGGUAAAUUAAAUUCACCUGUAGUAGUCGUCACGUAACGAGCUCAGUAAUCGAUUCCAAGAAAUAAAGCGAGCCCAACUUCUGGUGAACUUGGUCUUGAAAUACUUAAUAUACAGCGAAUCUUGAAGUAUAAAUGUUUUGCAGUAAAAAUGUUAAACUACCUUGGUGUUUUUUGGUGUGGCGGAAACUCUCAUUCACAAUUUGCACCAACACCAUAAAGCAUCUUAUUUACCUCCCUCCCCCCCCCCAAAUUGUCUUUAAUCUUUUUUUUGCGACGACUGUAAUACCCAGGAGAAAUUGGAAACAAUGAUUGUCUAAAAUUUUGAGAGGUAAAGAAGGAGCAUUAUGGUCUCGCUAAAAAAAGUGAAUUAGUUCGCUUUUGAAAGAGUUAGCGUGGUUGAGUGGUUAGAGCGAUGGACCUGUAAUUCGGAGGCCUCGCGUUCAAGUCCUGCCCUGACCUCUAGCUGGAUUUAUUCAUUUUAGUCCCGAGUUUAAAUCGUCUGCGUCGCUUGUAAUGUAACCAACUGGUUUGCCUCCUGCCAGUUGGGAUUUUAAACCUUGUACAAACGUCUCAUUUAAAUUAUUUGUUUUAUUAUCCCUGAAAAGCCCCAUAAGGGAAGAGGAUAUUAAAUCUUAUUUUGUUUUGUGGGCUUAGUAUUAGUGUCUUUUCUGUUUUUUGUUGUACGUCAUUUGGUGAUCAUAUCCACCUUUUACAUUACCUACCCCGGCGAUACUCUACUGCAGCGCAAUAAACAAGCGUACAAUCCAGUGCUACAUGCAGUAGCUGGCAUAAGCUGCCAGUAUUCUGACAUACGCCACAACACAGUGGCUAACUUAUUAUUAAAUAAAUAACUUUUUCCUUAAAGUUGUUUCACUUUGUUCUACCACCUGUUUUUUCUUUUCUUUCUCACCACUCAUCGCUUCCUGUCGCUUGGGGCGUUCGAGAGAGAGACGUCUUCGUUUUGGACCAUUAGAUUUCAUACCGACUACUUAUCGCUCUCGGGGAAGGCACGAGGCAGCCGUCAGACGGCUGUCUUUGCAUGUUACUUGCGUAGUGCAUAGUGGGUAGUGCGUGUGUGUUUCGUUUUGUUCUCCCCUUUGUUCAAAGCAUGAGUAACUAUAAUUCAAAUCCAAUAAGGAAGUCUUGGGUAUAGACCUUCAUGUCCUCUUGACACUCUCUUGCCCCUUUCACUUUUUUCUUUAAUUAUAAACGUUAAAAAGGACGCAAAUUCAAAUGGUAAUAAGUAAGUAGGUAACAGUAGUUAUCUGUAAGUCCAUCAGGAUAGAGUUGGAAUUGAAACUUUUCUUUUUUUGGCGCAGGAGUUUGAGGAAGACGUGGAGACAUGGCGAGGAAGUAUCAGUGCUGUAAAUCAGUGCGGUGAUCACUUAUUUCAAGAGUUUCCUCAAUACGAGUCCGGAGAACUGAAAAACUCCAUGUCAGAAGUCAAUGAAAGAUGGACUAAUAUAACAAACAGGUCCAAAGCAAAAGCCACUUUUUGUUGGUUUGUUUCUUUCUUUGUAGUUAGCAGAAGUUAUCGUCUGUAGAACAUUUCUGGUUUGUAUACAAAAACCAUGAUCUUUUUAUUUAUUUAUUUAUUGAAAUGUGUCACCGUGAAUCAACGCGUUGACUGGAAGUAAAACAUGACAUGUGUCCAAACUGUUAUUACUCCCCUUUAUUACCCAAUCAUCCUAUAAAAUGGGCUGUCAACACCACCCGGGCCUACGUCACACUAGAAUCAGAACAAUGAAAGAUUCGUGGGACGGGCCCACGGUAGCACUGACAUUCAACACAUUCCCUUCAGUUAUUUUAAGUUCCUGAAUGUUGGUCCGGCCGCGAAAAUUCAACGGUUUUAUGGGAGCUGGCCUAUAUUCUUUUGUUGUCCUAAGAAGAACAAAUUAAAAUAUGCAAGUUAUCAAAAAUGGUAGCAUUUUAACCGUUCCCUUUUUCCCUUCGCACGUAAUUGUUAAAUUAGUUUUAAAGGCCAACUUUUGUUUCAUUUGGAUUUCUUCAGAUCUGACUCUCAUAAAAAGAACCUUAAGGAAGCAUUUGACCGCAUGGUUCGAUUCCACGAAGACAUGAUCAACGCCCUCACAUGGCUGACAUCAGCGGAAUCUAAAGUAGCUGAGUUGGACAGUGCAGUUGAAGCCACGAGUACUGAGGAACAGCAGGAUACGGAGGCACUUAAGAAGGAACUGAAAGUAACAGAUACUUCUUCUUUGCAUGAAUUAUACUAGGGCUUUUUUUGUGAAACUAGCAAGUUUCGUUAACAGAAGACAGCUACUUAUUCUUGAUUAUCUGUUUCUUUUUAUUGGCUCGGAGUUGACUCUCUUAUAUAUAUAUAUAUAUUCGCUUUUUUCAUUUUCUGUCCACUAACGUUAACGCAUCUUGAUUUUAAAGUUGACCAAUAACCCAUAAGCAUGACCAGCAAGCCCAGCCGCUUGACUCGGAUUAAAGCUUGCUUAAGGCUCUUCUGGUUGGCAAGGAAAGUCUCAUUAGCAUAGACUCUUUCGAGUUGAAUGUUUGCCAAUUUUCCCUCUUAAUUUUCGUCGCAAAGCCUGGAUUGUCCAGUCAACAACAACAACAUACACAAACAAAUAAGCAGAUUAUGUAAUAGAAGCAAAACACAAGGCGAGCCAUGCCGAGUGAAAAUUACAAAGUGUCAGCUUGCACAUAGAAUUUGUAAAAUAAGUUAGAAGUUUACUAGAAUUACGGUUAUAAAAUCGUGUCAAGUAUUCGAAAUACUAGAGAUGUGAAGGUUUCUUUAUCAUCAAAGAUCAUCAAAUGUGAUCGGCUAAACUCUCCGAUUUCAGGCCUGACCGUUCAGUACAAAAGACAAUUUUCAAAAUACAUCAUGCAAAAGUCAAAAAGUCAACUAAAAACACCUGUUUAGCAGCAGGAAGUAUCUACUGAUCACAAGUUGAAGUAGGUGGAUUAAAAUGUCAAGAACAGUAAGAAUUAAACAACUAAAUUUAUUUAUCAGAAUGAACCAAGUAAGACUGAAGGUAAAUCUAAGCUUAAACUUUCAUAGUUUGCAUUUUUAUGGUUACGCACCAGUACUUGCUCCCUUUUUUGUCAUCAUUUGUAGUUAACAGCCACAGAAGGGUAUAUCAUCAGUAGUCACAAGCAGUCUUACUAACACUAAACUAAACUACUGAGUGUUUGGAGUUCAAAUUUUGAUUGAUUAAAAAUUUGUAAACAGGUUCCUUUAACUCGGGUUGGUUCAAACCAAUUCUUAACCUGGGUUACUCAACCAAAUGUGAAUCUCUUAGCUCGGUUCUGUCUUUGCGAAUGGCACGGAGUUAGUAUUGUAGACAUGGCUUGUAAAUUAGGAACCAUGUUUGUUUUCUCGGGACCUUAAGGAUAAUAGUAAAUACGUAUCAUAUAACUGAUUGUUUGUUUGUUUUGUUUUGUUUUGUUUUGUUUUUCUAGUUUCUCGAGGACGAUAUAAAUGGACACCAGGAAAUGUUCGCUUCCUUGAAUGAGAACGGACAACUAAUCAUGGCUGAGAUGGAGACUGGUGACGUGCUUACAGCUGUACAAGCCAAACUUGACGACAUGAAUGACAGGUGGCAAUCUCUUAACGUUCGCACGUUAGACAUCCGUGAUCGACUGGAGGACACUGGUACCGAGUGGCGGCAGCUGCUGAUGGACCUCCAGGAAAUUAUUGAUUGGAUAGCACGUGCUGAUCAGGAGCUUACACUACAGCAGCCAAUAGGAGGAGACCUAGAGAGCGUACAGCACCAAAACGAGAACCACCAGGUAACCACCGGUCUUUUAAGAGUUGUUCCAAUUUCAGUUUCCGCCAAACCCACCACUCAUCGGCCCGCAUUGUGUCGGCUAGCUUGUUUACUUGAUCUACUCCCCUUCGCCGCAAUUCUUAGACACCGCUUUCCUAGAGUUAUUUUGUUGUUAUCGUCGAAAUUAUUUGACGUAAAUGUAAAGAGAUAAAAUGCGCCCCGCUUAUAAAUUAGCCACUAAUUUUAACACCUGGUUGGCUCUGUUGGGAAAGCGCCGGUCUGCUGAGGGUGAGGUCACGGGUUCGAACCUCGGCCUGACCAACACUCAGGGUCUUUAAAUAAAUGAGAAGAAAGUGCUGCCUUUGUAACGACAUCUGCAACAGUUAGACUUUCUAGUCUUUUCUGAUAAGGAAGAAAAACCGUUGGUCUCGUCCCUCAGCACUGGCACUCAUCUGGUUCUUGUGGGACGUAAAAGAACCCACACCACUGUCCGAAAAGAGUAGGGGACGUAGACCUCGGUGUUGUGGUCAACCUUCACACAUCACAUCAUUCACAUCAUGGGUUGGAUGGGUACAGUAAGCUCAUAAAUGGACUGAUAGCGGCUGCCAGUGGCGCCUUUGUAUGCUGAUGUCCGAGCUUGCUCUUCACAUGUUAAAAUGUAUUGUAAGAGGGUACGUCUGUUGUCCUCUCAUCCACGACUCUUCCUUCCUUCCUUCCUUCCUUCCUUCCUCUUCCUUCCUUCCUUCCUUCCUUCCUUCCUCCCUCCCUCCCUCCCUCCUUCCUUCCUUCCUUCCUUCCUUCCUCCCUCCCUUCCUUCCUUCCUUCCUCCCUCCCUUCCUUCCUUCCUUCCUUCCUUCCUUCCUUCCUUCCUCCUUCCCUCCCUCCCUCCCUCCUUUCCUUCCUUCCUUCCUUCCUUCCUCCCUCCCUUCCUCCCUUCCUUCCUUCCUUCCUUCCUCCCUUCCUCCCUCCCUCCCUUCCUUCCUUCCUUCCUUCCUUCCUUCCUUCCUUCCUUCCUUCCUUCCUCCUCCCUCCCUUCCUCCCUCCUUUCCUUCCUUCCUUCCUUCCUCCCUCCCUUCCUUCCUUCCUUCCUUCCUUCCUUCCUUCCUUCCUUCCUCCCUCCCUCCCUCCCUUCCUCCUUUCCUUCCUUCCUUCCUUCCUUCCUUCCUUCCUUCCUUCCUUCCUUCCUUCCUUCCUUCCUUCCUUCCGUCCUUCCUUCCUUCCUUCCUUCCUUCCUUCCUUCCUUCCUUCCUUCAUUCAUUCAGAGGCAACAAGAGAAAUUGCCUCACGUGCGCGAUAAUUUGAAAGUGUUGCUCCAGGAUUACCACAGACAGAUUUCCUGCCACCAUACCAAAAAUUAGUCAGGUAGUAAAUAAAUAAAUAGUAAAUAAAUAAAUAGAGAAAUAACUGAAAUUGUGCUCCUUCUAUAGGCGUUCAAGGGAAAGCUUAAUGUUAGGAGACUGGUAGUGGAUCGGGCUUUGGACUCUGCACGAAGAGUGAUGGAUGAAUACGAAGCCGAAAGAUCUCCUGAGCAACCAAAGGAUUCUCCUCGAGCACGCAUUGCGCAGAACCUUAAAAGGCAGAUCGAUACUGUGAGUGAACGCUGGUCGAUGUUGAGCCACCGAUCAGAGGAUUGGCAACAAUGGAUUGAUGAAGUCCUCAGGGUAAGCGCUUGUUGCUUAGCGAGAAAAUCUGCCAGGCUUUUGUGCCCUGCCCAAUUUGUUGACGCUUUCCUCAUAAUUCCGACAACAGGGUCUCCUAUAAAAGCCUUAAUGUGAGCCCCUAAUACUGAGCACGCGUUUGCAAUCGUCGCUAGCGAGUAGAUUAGUAGGAAUGGUUGAAUAUGGGAGACGGUAGCUUGCUUCAUCAGUUAGCGGCACAUAUCAAUCCCAAAUCUGUUACCUACUUCCUUUCUUCCACGCGGAGAACGGACGGCGUCUGCGUAACGCAGUCGCUAAUUGUGUCCCGGUUUCUCAAGAUCUUCUGAAAGGACGUGAUUAGCUGCUUAGCCUCGCAGUGAGCAUUUCUAAAAAAGAUUCUGAUUGGAUAAUCUAAUCUAAUCUCAUAAUGUGUGCGGUGAUUUAUCCUCCUUGAAAGUGAAUUUAGUGGGAAGUUUUCAAGAAAGAACAAAUCAAAAGCUCGGCUUUUUCAUUAAUCUACAAGACGGGCGACAGAAAUCUCGUACUAGGCCGCGGAUAAUUUAAUGCGUAGGAGCGAUUUGUUUUCUUACAAUUCACUGAGUAUCCAACUUUUGUCUUUUUGUCUUCUUUCCACGUAAGGCAAAGGAAAUAGGAGAUUAGUUAAAAAGGACAUUAACGGGACCUUCGGAAGAGUCUGCAUUAUAAAAGUGUCCCUCUGAAGUUCAUUUUACAGAAAGUAUAAGGAUAAUAGUUUCCCCUUGCAUGUUUGACUCUGUGUUGGUUAAACUACAUAUCAAUUAACACGAGAAUGAGUCUUACUCGAUGUCCAGACACAGUUGAAACAGUGCGGGUGCUUUGAUAAAGCUGCUUCCUAAAUCUUAAAGCUUCCACCAAGCGAUCGUGAAAUGUUAUUCUAUUUUGCAUCCGAUUUUCAACCUUCUACAUGCCAGAGAUUGACUGUUCAAGCGUUUUAUUUCAACCUUGAAUUAUUACAGAAAGAGUGAUAGAGCGCAGUGAAAACUGAAUACACCAAACAAUAUCUUUUUAACACCCCCUUGUAGCUAGCCUCCCCGCAGACGUCCUUUGGGGUUCGUUUGUCACGCAUUCAUUUCUCCCCCACCUUGUAGCUCUCAAAUGCGCUCUUUUGCAACUGUUUGAACCGAGGCAGUCGGGAUUAUUAACAAUUAUUCCUCGAGCCCGGGCUAUUGACUUAGAGGCCAUGAGGGCUAGAGGAAUAAUUGUUUUAGUAAAAUCCAACUAGUUGGUCAAAAAUAUCGAGAAUAAAAAAAAAUUUAAGCUAGUUAAUGCUAGACUAUACUCCUCUUUUUGCCGCCAAAAAGCCCGUGCUUUUCGCUACUAGUGGGCUAUAACAUAUAGCCUAGUAGUAGCUCAACCAAUCAGAACGCAGCAUUGAUAAUAGACCACUAGCUGGAUUUUACUAAAACAUUUUACACUUCAGAUGAAGUACUUGACGCUGCAUCAGACUUGCUUUAGUUCGUCUGAUGCACCUAAGCUACUAAGUUGAAUUGUCACGCGAUGACUACGCCCAUCAAUAUCCGGCUUUGGAUAUCAUAUCGUCCACAUGUCAAGCGAACAAUACAAGUUCAUAGUUCACUUUUAGUUCAACAAGUGUACAUAUUAAUUAAGUGAUUUAGAUCAGAUCGUUAAAUACUGUUCCUCGUUUACGCACCUCCGUCAGGUCCCAAAAUGGUGAGUUCCUUCCUUGCGAUAGUUAAUUGUAUAGUUCUUGGUGUGGUGGGCUUUAAAUAAUAGCUUAAAGGGUAAGGAAUGUAAUGAAUGUUAAGUUGUUUUUCAUGGAACAAAUACCAUCGCUUAUAAUUUCAGCCUCCUGCAGGCAGUGUCAUUAACAAAUUAAAGUGAGCGCGCUAUCUAUAGGGAGGGAGGCGAGAUCAGACUAAACUCAAUUUCAACUGAUUAUCUGCAAUACAAAGCGUACUCUACCUGUGUAUGAGUAAACAUAUUUAUAACUUAACCUUGGAUUACAACCGUAUGUCGGAAAACACAGUAGUCAAAUUGUUUUCGAUCUCGAAAGCAACAACCUUGUUAGACUGUCUGCAAAUCCCUUAAUGUCAAUCGCCGAUGGCAGUUAGUGUCGCCGAGGUCCAAGCAAAUAUGUGAUUUGAAUUAAACACAGGGCCCAGUUGUUCGAAGGCCAAUUAGCACUUAACCCGGAGUUAAAUUUAACCCCAGUUUCUUUUUCUUGUGUUCAAAAGCGUUUUUUCGGAUAAUUUUCUCUGUUAUUUUUAGAGCUUCCAAUCACCAACUUGUAGACAAAAAGAAUUAAAACUGAAAUGCUUUUUAUGCUUUCAAAUCUGAAUUCAAAUCUCGCACUAACCCUGGGUUGUCUCAACCUAGCUUUGAAGAACUCGGCCCAGAAUCAUUGAACGUCGAAUGACUUGUGCAGCUUCGGCAACUGCUUAAACAUUCGAUGAAAUAAAAAAAUUAAAAAAGAAAACAUAAAAUUGUAAUAUUAAUAACAGGUAAACAAUAACAAUUUUGAAACUAGUAAUAAAUUUCAAGGUCUAAUAAUUAAUAAAUUUCAAUGUCCAUCAUUAUUUUUGAUAAUUCGUCAUUUAUUUAAUACAAAUAUUGACCUUGGGGAAGAAGAUAUCGGUACACUGCCAAAACGUUUUAUCGAAAACGUGCUAUAACUGUUGUUGUUGUUGUUGCCUUAGGGGAGUCGAUCUGUCACGCGCGCUAGCGCAGGUGUAUAGAGUCACGUUGUUAGAGCUGAAUUUUCUACGUAGCUUCACUACUUAAUUUUUUUGAAAGAAGGGUUGAGUUUCCUGACUUAAGGUGGGCAAGUAUUUCGGUGUGCAUCCGUCUUCCUUUGUUCUUAGCUUUUUAUCCUCUGACGACAGAAGCUUUGCAAAUCGACAUCAACAACUGAGUCAGGCCUGACUGCCGACAAAAUUUGUGCUCGCUGCAAAAUAAAUAGAAAUAUAGUAAAAUUCAUAUUUGGCUCCGAAGCUUGGGGAAGAAAACAAAAGAAACUACCUUGAGCCUAAGGUAAUUUCCCCCAAACCUCAGAGCCAAGCAUUAAUUUCAAUAGGGUAACCGUGAAGUGCCAAGGGACUGGCAAAAUUUGUUCGCUAUGGCGAGGUUUCCUUAGACAUAUCGAGGUAGUUUUCCAUGGUUUACUAUUACUGGGGUAAAGAAAACUGUUCGUUAUACCGAGGACUGCGUUAUAUAGAGGUUCGUUAUAUUGAGGUUCCACUGUAUAUCGAUUUUGUUUAGUGUAACUGUCAGCUUGUAUUUGAAUUUUUGUCUGAUGUCUAGUCAGACACAUAUGAAGGGAGUCGUAAAACCAAAUUAUUAUUAUGCACGGUAUAUACAGAAUAAUUGAAUAAGGAAACAAGGAUUAACCAUCGGCUAAAAAAGGUCCGACUUGUUUAAUUUAAGCAAAUUUGUCAGGGUUUGACAGUGAUACCAUAUUAUAGUACCCGGUAUUAUAUUGUCACUUUUAUUGUCGAGGUAAACAACACCAGACGAGGCAACUGCGUAAAUGUUCAUUUCACUGUGCCACGUUUAAGGGGUUAUAGGCCUCUAAAGAUAUGAAUUUCAAACUAGCUUAAAAGUAAGAAUAACCUGUUAUCGCAUUAGAAACAGCCUUAUUUCUACUUAACAUAAAGGAACUCGUUAACAUUAAAGGCAAGCGCAUCGGAAGUGAUUAUUUUAUCUCAAAAUAAAGUUGCAAAGGAAAGCACUCUGUGCCAUAUAUGAUGUGUUGAUGUAGCUCCCUUAGCGCUGGGCAAUCGUGUUUUAUAAAAGGUACUUUCCAGGUUAUUAGAAUUUCUUAACCUUCAAUGGCAGUGAUAUCUUGAGUACUUUUUUUUAAAGCUAUGAUUUACUCAAAUCAAGUGGCGGAAUUGUUAAGAAUUGAAAAAUUUAAGCCAUCCCAACCAGCACCACCCUUAAUAUCCUUUUUACUGGAUUAGCAGCUUAAUCCUAUCGUUUUUCUUUUGUGGCUGCCGCUUGUUGUGAGAUUGGUAGAAGUUUUUGCUCAUGAAUUAACUCGUUUAACUCCCAAAGAGCAAUUUCCCUGAAACAAAACCAUUUACAACAUUUUCCAGUCGAGAUUCAAAUUAGGAUCGUGCUUCCUUCAGCUAUAGAGCAAAGUGUCAUUCCGAAGCGCUGAUUUCAGCUGGUUUGUUUUUCUUUGUAGAAGUUGCAGCUUUUCCUAAGUCAAAUGGAGGAAAUCGAUGCACGACUUGUUGAGGCUGAGCACGUUAAAGCAACUUGGACACCAGUGCAGGAUCUGAUCAUCGAUUCUUUGUCAGAACAAAUAGAUGAGCUUAAGGUAACGGCGGCAAUCUUGCUUAGACCGCUUGAUAAGAAUUUUUUCCUCUGGUUGUCCUCAUUUCCCUCAACUCACAAGAUCGUCGAGUGGGUUGUAAAAAUGCUGGUUCGUUUCGUGCGUUGCGGACAGACGUCUUGGAUUUGCCAGGGUGAAUUAAGACGGAAUCCAUCAGGAAAUUGAGUUAUUUUAAUUUUCAGUGGACAAACACAUUGUACCAGAAUAAUUUAAAGCAUAUUUCAUUCUUUUUUACAUUUUUCAAGGGCUACAGAUGUAACUAGUAAUGUGCAAUAACGACAAAGAAAAUGUCGUAUGGGGGCCCGAGAAAAUUAAUGUCAAACUUAACAAAAUGACAGCUUGCGCAUGAAAUUUUCAGAAUUUUACCAAUGUUUUCACAAUUCUUGUGAAAUUUGACAUUCAUUUUCUCGGCCUAUCUAGUGAACUCCAUUUGUUUUUGUCCCAGUACUGAUCGUCAAAAUGUUUCCUUUGUGCAGAAUCUCCAAGAGCGAGUCGCAUCUCUUCAGAACAUGUUUGAGACUCUUAGCAGCACCGAAAGCGAACUAAGACAAAAGGGCGUGUCAAUCUCUCCCAGUUUACAGAACCGGAUUGACCAGUUAUACCGGCGUUGGAAGCAGCUGCAGAUUCAGCUCCUACAAAGACAACAUGCUUUACAAGAAGCAUACUCCAGCCUUGACUUGUCAUCUAUGCCAGGACUUCUUGGUCAGUAGAUCAUGGUAGCCAAGCUACAUUGCUAAUUCUUGUACAUAGUAUCAGACAAGUUAUCAUUUAAGAAAAAAAUUGUUUUGUAGUAUUUAAAAUAUCCUUCACUGAAAAUACUAAGUGCUUUUAUAGCAGUAUAAGCACCUCUUACUGAAAAAUGCCGUCCUACUCUUGAGAAUUUUGUUCGGCACAGACUCAACGGUUCAUAGUUUUCACUUGAUACAAGGUUCAAACUUUAUCCAACACUGGACGUUUUCCAACGUUGUAAGUCUGUCAGCAGGCGUUUGUCGUGUCAGAGAAAAUUGCAAAACAAUUCUUGAUUCUCAACUUUAAGCAUAACUUUCUUUAUUAAGCACAAGUGGAAAUUCGGCUUGUGCUUAAUAAAUAACGUGUUAGUUCCGCAUUAUAUUUUUGCCGACAGGAAGUGUAGAGCCACCAUGGGAGCGAGCUGUAGCACUAAACAAAGUGCCUUACUAUAUCAAGUAAGUUAUCGCCCGCUAUUAUUUAUCACCCACUUUAUAGUGAUUCUUACUAGUACAGUGUGUAUUCUAUUUGCGUUUGUUUCUAGUCUGGUUUACGUCGAAUCGACCCUUUAUAAGCAUAAGGUAAAGGUCAUCACAAAAUCGUUGAUAAAAAUGUAAAUAAAAUUAAAAUCCUUAGGCUUGGGUAAAAGAAAGAGAGAAAAAUGUUCAAAACAAUGCUUGAAACGUGUCUACUUUAUCUUUCCAAUCACAUUUGUGAUUUCUCCCCCGCUAAAAUCGGUGUCCAACUCAUGUUUAAUUGUUCUGGAGCCUCUGACACAUAAAACUGCUGAUCUUAAUAGGUUAAAACAUAGUUAUAAUAGUCAUAAUACUCAUGAUCUGAACGAAACACUGACUCAGGCCACUCUGUGAUGAAGGUUUGUGGCGUGUUAAUAUUGUUUCAAUUCCAUUUCAGCCAUAAGACAGAAACAACGCAGUGGGACCACCCGAAGAUGACGGAACUUUAUCAUCAAAUCGGUGCGUCGACAGUGCUAGGUCUGAUCUUAUGUAUUGUUUUGAAGUCAACGUAAAUAGUUUAUAAUCUUGUAAUCUCCUUUUCUAGCCGAACUAAAUAACAUCAAGUACAGCGCCUACAGAACAGCGAUGAAGCUGCGAUGUAUCCAGAGGGCUUCCAGCCGUAAGUUUGCGUAAUUUGUGGUGUAUUUUUUUUUUCUUUUUUUCUCUUCAGUACCUUUCUCCAGUUGUCUUCUUUAAUACUGUGACCACAAAGAUUACCAAUUUUGUCCUUUAUUUUGAAUUUAUGCGGACUGCCUUGGACACGUCUGAUACCGCUAUAGGUAAGAGUUUUAGUGUAGCUUUUUGUGGCGAGGUUUACAAGCAGAAGCCUGAAAGGGCAAGUUACUCUGUCAUUCCAGCAUUGUGAGUGUUAUUUGUAAACUAUUUUAUUUUUCAUGCUACUUCUAGUAACGUUGACCAACCCCAUUUGAAUUAAGUAACAGGCUUACAUUGUACCUGUUAUUUGUAUUGUGUUUUUCAGUUGAUCUUGUAACGCUGACCAACAUCCUUUCCUCCUUGGACCAGCACAAUCUUAAAAACGCUGCUAACGAGGCUCUGAUCGGAGUUCCGGAAAUGGUGAAGGUUCUCUCUACUGUAUACGAUAACAUCGAGAUCCCUGCAGACAGCUCAAUGAUCAGCAGUGAAUUCUGUGUGGACCUGACCCUUAACUGGCUGCUCAAUGUUUAUGAUAGUGGACGAGUUGGAAAGAUCCGUGUACUAUCAUUUAAAAUUGGUCUCGUUACGAUGUCGAGGGCUCAUUUGGAAGACAAAUAUAAAUGUAUGUCGGUUUGCCUUUCUUUCCCUACGCAGACUAAUUAGUUUCCUCUGCGAUGUAAAGUCAUAUGAAGAUCAGCGUUGGGUAAGAAAUUCGUCCUAUUUCUUAGAGAUCGUUUUUCCCUGCAGAUAUGUUCCGGCUGGUUGCGGACGGAAAUGGCGUCAUGGAUCACAAAAAACUUGGACUUCUGUUACACGAUUCUCUGCAGGUAAGUUAGAAACGCUAAAACAAAGCAAAGCAUCAAGGACUUGAUAAAAGCAGUUUCAUGCCUUUCUUAGUUGUUGUUUUUGGCUGAUGCAAAAUGUAAAUGUGUUCUUUUUUAGAUUCCUCGUCAACUUGGAGAGAUCGCGUCUUUUGGUGGUAGUAACAUUGAGCCGAGUGUUCGGAGCUGUUUCUCAAAGGUAGGAAAAUUCCUCUUGUGUUAGUGUGACUAAUAUACGUAAAAUGUAGAAACAGACACUGUACUUGUCGUUUCUAUUUUUAAAUAACCAACAUGGUAUUUAAGUUCAUUUUUUAUUAGGCCAGUCUCCUGUGUCCAUUUCUUAAGUUUAAAACGAUUAGGCAGAGAGAAAUACAGUUUUUCCUUGGUUCUGCCGGGAGGCUGUUCAACUGUCGGCAGCUCUCUUGCUUCCUUUUCUUCAUACAAGAAAGCCAUUGGUGAAUUGCAGUCGAGCCCUGCUUAAUAUGGACUCCUCAUUUUUACGGACAGUUUUCAACACUCUUUUAAUACGGACACCUUUUUUAAUGCGGACAUCAAGCACUUAUUUCUUGCCGGCCAAUGAACAGAAUCUCCUAGAAAGUCAACCUCGCCAAUGCCGACACAUUGUUAACUGUGUACUUUAAUGGACCUUUCCUUUUUAAGGGAAAAGAAAACCUUAAGUGGACAGCAUGCAUGUCGAUGUUCCCGGCGGCGCUACAUUGCACCAGAUAGAAUGAACUGUAGACGUCAAUUUCAUCCUUCAUAGCGGACACUGUAGGACCUCGAGUCAGUGUCCUUAUUUGCCAGAGUCCGUAAUAGCGGGAGUUUAUUUCAAUCAAAUGUCUACAAUUUAUUUUUGCCUGAGAUUUAGUUGUUGCCCGUAUUAUUGGGGUGUCCGUUAUAGCGUGGCAUCCCCAAGGCGAGAGUUGACUGUAUUUUGGAAUCAAGCGAGUCGUAGAGAACGGUUUUUUGUUGAAGUAAUGUUUAAAUGAGUGAUUUGUUAGUGUUUUCGUGGAUUCAGUCAGCGGAAUGACGGCUUUGUCAAGGUUAGGGAUGUUAAAUUGUCCUCUGUUAUUUCUUCAUUAGUAUUUUGUUCUAAUAAAACGUGUCUUUGACGUAAAUGACAUGACCCGCCUUACAUGCGGGACCUGAGCUGUAUUGCCGCUUCAGUGUCCAUAUGAACGGGGUUCAGUUCUGUUUUACUGUUAGACCAAGAUGGUGCUUCUCAAUCGACUGGCACAGAAAAAAACGAAUCAGUUGUCCUUAGUUCCACGUCAUUGUCACUCCAUAAGGUGCGUGCGCACGUCAAUUUUUCGCGCGUAAUUAAAUAGAGGCAAUGUGUGGCAGGUCACGCGUAAACGUAAAAGUUGAACCUCGCUCAACUUUUAGGUUUAUUGCUUUGCACGGAAAAAUUACCCGACAGUGGAAAUCAACCCUUUUUCGUUCAUAUUACGACAGAAUAGGCCCGUAUAGAGGAGUCGUAAUAAAGUGUAUGUUAUCUUAUGAUAUGUUACGUUCAUUAUUCUUCAACAGGCUGGUGAAAAGCAAACGAUUGACUGCGCGGAGUUCAUAGCGUGGCUGUCAGAGGAACCUCAGUCAAUUGUUUGGCUUCCUACUCUCCACAGAAUGGCCGCUUCAGAAGCCGGUAGGUCAAGCUAGCUUAGCUACAAAGUUUGAGCUCUCGGUUUCCGUCGGUAGUAAGUAGGCUAGCUUAGUUGUAAGUAACGCAAGCUCAGCUGGUAACACUAGCCUUGUCGGUAAGUCACGCUAGCUUAGCUGGUAAGUUACGCUAGCUCAGCUGGUAAGUAAUGCUUGCUUAGUUGGAAAGUCACACUAGCUUAGCUGGUAAAUAACGUUCGCUUAGCUGGCAAGUCACGCUAGCUUAGCUGUUACGCCAUGUUUACUUGGUGAAGUAAUAACGUAACCUGAUAAGGCACUCUAAUUUCAUUUGAACGCCAAAAAAAAAAAAAAAUGCCCAGCACGAAAAACUAGUCUUUCACAAUCUCCGCCUUCAAAAAUUUCUUGCCAUACGAUAAUUGUCGCCAGCUGGUAUUAAACUAACUUAGCUGGUAAGUGUCGUUAGCUUAGCACGGCUUGUGAAUCACCCCAACGUUGCAGUAGGUCACACGAGCUUAGCUGGUAGACUUCCUUACUUCUUCAGUCAAGCUGGCUAAACGGAAAACGUUAAAAUGGCUUUCAUUAUAACUAUCAUUCUUGUGAAUUUUAUCCAUAUACCCGAUUUUGAGCCCAAUAUUUAGUAACUGCGUUCGAACCAAUAGCAGUCUAAGCUUUUGCUGGUGAGCGCCGCAGACAUUUUGGUUUUGUUCCAAGCCGUCAUUUCUAUCAGUUUGUUUACUACUUUUCACAUGUAUUAACAUGUGUUCCUUUUAUUCUUUCUUACAGUGAAACAUAAAGCUAAGUGCAGUAUCUGUAAAGAGUAUCCUAUUGUCGGCUUCAGGUUUGUAGUUUGUUUCCAUUGCCUCUGCUGUGGUUGACGUUCUGCUGAUAAUAGAGUAUAAUCUCUUUGCACAAUGAUAGCCCGUGACUUAACAUACAUUUUCAAAGCUGCGUACUAGUUAGUACAGUGGGAGUUAGUUGUACAAGCGUAUUUUUUUUUCUCUUUCUCUCUUUAAAAAGAAGUAAAGAGGAGUAAAGAAUAAUAAAUAAUCAGUUGCAUGUCUUUACCAUAAAUUGCAGAUUCCGGUGUCUUAAAUGCUUCAACUACGAUUUAUGCCAGGUAAGGUGAACUAUACAGAAAGGGUUGUUUUGCUAGGCAGAAGCUUUCAGAUAUUCAGAUUUGCAUACAUUUUUCUACUGUUUAUACUUUAAAAAAUCUUAAAAACAAAUAAACGUGGGGCAUCGCAGUUGUAAAAAUUUAAACAAACACAGAUCCACUUCUCUGUUUCUCGGAAAGGAUCAUGAUGUUGUUCCUGUGUGUUUUGUCACUAGAGUUGCUUUUGGUCGGGCCGAGUCUCUCACGAGCAUCGCCUCACUCAUCCAAUGCAUCAGUACUGUUUAUCGGUAAGUGUCUUUGUGCUGUUUAUAAACUGGAAACGGGUGACUUCUGCCGGCUGCUGUGCGGGUCCUAUCCAGUUAUUAGCUACUUUGUCUUAUUCUCCCCAGCUCCUCUCUCCCUCUCUUGGACGGCUGAGAGGUGAUCAGGGUUGUUACCAAUUAACCAUCUUGUAUUCGUAUUUUGCUUUCUGAAGACAACUUCUGGUGAAGAUGUCCUUGAUUUCUUCGCGAUGGUCAGAAACAAGUUCAAGAAAAGACGAUACAAAAACAAACCGCCAAAAAAACUUGGCUAUUUACCGAUUCAGACAGUAAUGGAAGGAGUUAACCUUGAGACGUAAGUCAUUCGAAUGUUUUCCAACUUUUUAUGUUUUCCCACUCUUCUACUGUGCAGAGUAUUAGACUAAGCAAUGAGCACAAAUUGAAAUGUGUAAGUAAUGAAUUCAUUGGGCGUUUUUCCUCCCCGAUUUUUGUCCCUUGGGCUUUUAACUGAGGGUGCCCUCAUGGUGUACGCACGUCUAAUGAGAGUAACAUACUACGCACUCUAAAACUGACAAUGCUAUCGAACUUAGUACAAUUUCUUACUGCCCAACACCGGCUGUAUUGUCUCAUAACAACGGUUGCUGCUUCCUUUCGCUCCGUAUGCGGGUUAUUCCAUCUACUGACUGACUUUUGAUAAAUGAGCACUCCAUUUUUGUUCUUUUUGAUGCGUUUGUUCAAGUGACUUUUUCUGGCUUGCAUGUAUCAGUAAUCUUUGUCCUCUGUAAUUUGCAUGUGUUUAAUCUUUGUACGGGACAAAGUUUUUUUAUUGAUUUAGAAUCAGGAGAUUUAUGACGCUCCUUGUCUUAGAAAGAGCUAUUUUUUUAUUCAGGACUUACUCUGCGCAAAAGAGAAUUUUUUUUUUCUUGUUCAUUUGAGUGUGGUUAGCAAAAGUUUUUCCUCUCUCGGUUUGUAUGUCAAUUCAUUCCUUUGCCGAAUUUGUAUGCAUUUUAAUAUUAUUAUUUUUCGACGGCAGGCUGAUUCGUAAAAGUGUUUAAUGCCCUUUCUCUUCUACACGGAAGGGGAUGGAGAAGGAGAAACUUGUUGGUUUAUUUUGUGUAGUUCAUGUUUAAAUAAUUUUUUAACUCUCUUAUUUCGUUGUGUAAUGUUUGAUGUUGUUCUCUUCAUGAAGCCCAUCAAUGCUGUCACCUCAGCAGAAUGUUAACCAUGAAGUUCAUAACAGACUCGGCAUGUUCGCUCACAGGUUAGUGGUCAGUUUACCCUUAAGCUGUUCCCCAGUUUAGAGUUUAGAGUCUUAAGUCAGAUAGCGGUGUUGUAUUAGUUGUUGAAUCUUGUUAUAUUUUUUAAAUCAAACCCCUUCUGGCGAAGUCGUAUUUUGCAUUACUUUUUCUUGCUCUUUUGACUCGGACAUCAGCUGGAUGUAUUGUCUGUUUUUUUUUUGUUGUUGUUGUUUUGUUUUUGCGUCGCCUGUACAAUUCACAACUAUAAAUAUAUAUUUUUCUGUCGUCUUUAAGGUUGGCAGAGGCAGAAUCGGAGAGUGGAAAAUACAAUCCGCACGACUUGUAAGUCACACACGUUCUUUGCACGUAGGGGAAACGUUUCGGUUUUUAUUGUUUCUUUUUCUCAGAACUUAAGAAUUUAAUAUUGUCGUACGGUUAACAAACUGAAAUGAAUAUAGAAGUACACAAAAUGACCGUCCUGGAAUGAUUCCAGUUACCGGUUGGACCGGCGCUCUUAUCUCUGAGCAAUAAAUGACCCUUAGAUUGUCACAUGUUUUCGCAUCUCGUGAGUACAUUGGAUACUAAUCAAAGCAUCUCACUCACUAAAUUAUCUGCUUCUCGCAAAAGCAUUUAAAUAAGUUCUCUGUUGCGUUCACUUAACAGAUUUAGUGAACCAUAACCUGAAAUAUUGCUGUGCUUUCCACACGCAUGAGUAUAAUGAUAAAAACACUUGAAAGUAUGGACUUUGACUCUCCGUGUUGCCUGUCAUGACACGUUCAAAUCUGUAAAGGGAACAUAGUGUUUGGCCACGUCUGUUUUCCAGUUGACUUAUUUAUAUAUAUCAUAUAUAUAUUGAUAUUCAUAUAUGUUUGUUACAUUGUUUAUAUAAUUAGUUAUUUAUUGGUAUUUCUGCUAUUUUAGAGAUGAAGAGCACCAGCUUAUAGCACAGUACUGCCAAAGGUAUAAACCGGUGUCCGCAGUCACCAACCUGUCCUAAGUUAAGAUGGAUGCUAAGUACUAUUGCUAUUGAAACAAUCGUCAUUUGACCGGAAACAUUACUUAAGAGGCUUUAUUUCGCUUUCAUGACUGGCGGGAGCUGGCAUUCGACUGACAUUAUAUAGAGUAGUCACACAUCGUUUCUUCUCAGAAUAACGCCAGCGGGAGGUGGGGUUGGGGGGGACUCAAGUAACACCACAUUAUAGCGGCUGCGAAUAAGACCAACUCGUAGACAAUUUAGCUUUUACGAAAUAUUUGAUUAUAACAAAGUUAGUUGCGCUGAGCGUUCAACUAACUAGCUUAUACCUCAUUGCCCUUGUGAAUUGUCGUUCAUUUGUGGUGCUCGAUGAAUAUUUGAACGGUCCACAGUAUUGGUCUAAUUUUGUCAGUUUUGUGUCCAGAUCAGUUGUGUGUAGUUGUGUUUUACAUAUUGCAUUAUCACCUUACUUUUCUCAGUCGCCCUGACCACUAACUUUCGCUCAAGUAAUCGAUAUUUAGGGCAUGCACUUUAAUACAUUUAUCUAAAAUUGGUGUUGGUGGGAUAGCCAGAGACAGGAGACAAGAUAAAAUCGUUAAAAAAUUGAAAUCAUCAACGUAAAAAUUUGAAAAGCAUUGCUGUAAAAAUGAUGUUGAGAGUAGCGUACCUUGAAGACACAUUUUACAAAGGGGAUGUUACCAAACAAGCUGUAUUUUACAUAACUAAUGAAAUCCAUGUUUCUAUUGGCAGUUUUAAAUACACCAUUUUUUUUUCUUUCUUUGUUCCUUUACAGUCUAAAAAGUGAUACUACUAUUGCGGUAAGUGCCAUAAUAACUUACUAUGAAGUGUGUAUGCUAAACCGUUUAAACAAUUUAUUCACACUGUACAAUGUCCAUCGUGCCCUGUCCGAACGUUUGUCGCGUCCACAUAGCGAACUCCGUUUACUUAAUGCAGAACACUUAAACUCGCCGCACCAGUAAUUUUGUAUAUUUAUGGGUUUUAGCUUUUCAUCCACACUUGUUAGAUUGUGUUGUGUUUCAUGAAACUGAAUGGCUGACUGCCGACUGAAAUAGUUUGAUUCUGUGUCCUGUAGCCCAAAAGUCCUACUCAAAUAGUCAUGGCAUUAGAUGCGGUGGAAAAAGAAGAUUUAGAGGCGGAACUACUUAAAUUGGAGGAGGAGAACAGGUAGGAACUCAGAAAAGUCUACUUUAAAUCACUUCACUGAUUGAAAGUCCCUUAAAGGUAUCUAUUUUCAUUUUGUCGUGGAAUAUUUUAAAGUAGUUUUAAACUUUUUGUUUUUCAUUUAUCCUUCUUAUACUCAGGGAUUUUUUAGUUUUAAGCCUUAAAGUUUGUAAGGCGUAGUAGAUUAUUUGUCAUGACGUCAAUCAUCAUUUAUCAACAAAGCAGCACCCGCGGGAUCACGGGACCACGGGACCAGUGUCCGCUUAAAACUGAUUUUUGACUGGGGACUUGCUAAUGAUCACUUUAUGUCAGUGUCCGCUUAAUGGGGUAUGCUGCAGGUCUUUCACUUUAAAUAUUUUGGACAAGUACGUUAAGUGUGAUAAAUGGUUUUUAGGGACCUUCAAGAGGAAUAUGAACGUCUAAAGUCGAUCAGAGAUCAAUCUGGAGUUGCAUCUGAGGACAGCAGCGAUGCAUCAACUGGAGGACAACAAAAUCGUGACUCUGAACUCUUAGCUGAAGCGAAACUACUACGUCAGCAUAAAGGUCGUCUCGAGGCUCGUAUGCAAGUCCUAGAGGAUCAUAAUAGACAGUUAGAGGCCCAAUUACAACGCCUUAGACAACUCCUUGACCAGGUACACUUAUUCUUAACUGAAGUGAUGUUGGAAUGUUUUGUUUUACUCAUUGCAUCGGUCUUGUUUUCUGUCAAUGGCACGAAACCAUUUUUACAAGAAGUACGGCAAACUCUGGCUCGCACCUCGUUGUCAUGUUAACAUCUACUGAUUUCAUUCUAGCCCGGCCAAGACAAAAGUGCGGCCCAGUCCUCCGAACGUACUACGCCGUCCUCUUCGAUCAGUUCGCUGGGUGCAGACACACCCUACCCCCCUGGGAAGUCAGCCCGUUCAGGCAAAAGCCGCGGCAACGAUAGUGAUUCCGAGUCGGAACCCGGUGGAACAGCCGCUGUUACUUCCGGUUCCGCAACUAAUGGAUUUUCUGGACAUGGAAGUGAGGAUCCUGCUUUGAAAGAGGUUAUGAGUCAAAUCAGUUCUUCCUUUCCUGCCGAACAAAAAGGUAAGUCAUCUGCUGGGGGCCUUUUCUAUCCUCUGUUUCCGUGGUUAGCCUUUCGCGAUUAUACCCAAGUGUUGCAGUGUCGCAAGCCCCAGGCCAGCAACACGAACAAUCGUGUUCCUUUUUUAACCAUUCAAAUUAUCAUCAUUAUCUCUAAUUACUAGUCUCCUACGCAGCCGUGUGACUACAGAAACAACGACUGCUUAGGAGACCAUGUCAUUUAUAUCACCGUCAUCUUAGUUCUUUAGAAAGGAUUGGCAACGAAAUGCGGAAGCUUUCUGUUGUCCUUUAAACUAUUCUAAUAGUCAGAAGGCUUCCGCAUUUCGUUACCACUCCUUUCAAAUCACGCAUUUUCGUUCAUUUUCUUUGUUGCACCGAGCCCCACUUUUUAUAAUAAGAUGGUAGCUGUAUAGUUCGUUCUUUGUUGUUUUAGAUCGAAAAAUGACUAAUCCUAUUAACUCUUGUGUAGUGUCGGCUGAGUCCUAACCACUGGAAUCUAACACUGCAUGGUUCUUCUUUGGUACGUAAGACAUGGUUUGUUACGCAAAUCUUGUCAUCAUUGUGUGACAACCCAUAAGUCUUGGAACUUCUGUAUUCCACUUACCUACGCAUGCUUUCUGCUUUGUUAUCACCGAUUCACUUGCAAGUUGUGUACUUCACUCGUACUGUUUUUUCUUGCGUGUUGUGCCUGAUUGUACGUUUGGCUAUAUAUACAUAUCGUACUACACGUUAUAUUUGUUAUACCGUGUUGAAUUUGUAGUAUAACCAUGCAAGUUUAAAGUGUUACCCGUGGUACAGAGGCCAAGGGUGCCUGUGGCACAAGGUUGCCUGUUUUAUGCGUGGUUUUUUGUUCAUUUCAGGUACGGACCCUGUGGGUCACUUAUUCGCCACCGCUAAAGACGUCAACAAAGCCGUGGAAUCCUUAGUUCAAGUAAUGACGUCAGAUGACGAGGCAGAUUAAUAAUUAAAUUUAUAUUUAGGCGUUAGACAGAUCAAUAAAUAUUCGUCUGUACGGCAUUUAAGAAAAUUUUAUUAAACUUUUGUUAAAGAAAUUGCGCAGAUACAGCAUUUUAACUGGUGAGCAUCUCUCUUCUAACGGUCUUGCGAUAUUUAACUAAGUCGUAUUUAGUUUUUCUAAAAGACAACUCAGCCAGAAGGUCUCCCGUCAGGACUAACAAACUGGCAGAAGUAACCAGAGUAAACUAAGAUUGUUACACGGCCACAAAGAUUUGUUGCUGUUAAUGUAAAGGCGUUGACGUUGUGUAGUCGUCAAAGGGAAAUGUUUAGGGAGAUAAUUGAUUCUAUUCUGAAUUAAAACAAAAGAAUAGUCUGUUCUUAUGAAACCGAGUAAAUUUGUAGUAUACAUAGUAUAAAGGUAGGCUUGUCAUUGUAUGUGCAUAUUCCUUACUGUACCCCGAUUGAAAUACACUAAAAUGUUACUAUUCCCUUCAAUUCUCUUCCCUUGGGUGUAGGUAAAGUACGAUGGGCGGCUUGGGUCAUCCUUGGUGUAAAAGCCUGUGAAGUUUUUCUUUGUUUUCUAGCUAUCAUUUUCCUUGGCUGUAUUGUGUUUUACGUCACUCGUGAGGUUCACAGGUUUUUACACUCAGUAUGAGCCGACGGCUUACUGUCAAGCCAUCGUCCUUAGUGGCCUGCUGACGACCUCAGACUUAUUCUCAGCUUCUUCGGAUUGCUAGACUUGAAGUCAUUUUUUUAUUUUUUAAAAAAAGAAAGAAAACGUUUGAAGUGCUUUGUUUAACUACACUCAUUAGAAAAUGUACCAACCUGCAAUGUUGCACUAUUCGGAGAGUUGAAUAUUCCGUCGUGUUGCGUCUAACGACAGCAGUAAACUUUCGAAAUCCUUAACGAUAAUGGAGAAUUUGUCAGAUAACCCAACUUGGUUAAAUAAUGUAGUUCCUUCUUCCCUCUCCCGGCACGGAUAAGACAUCCCCUGCCUAGUCAAUAAGCAGUUUUCGAUUUUUCAAUUAGUUUGUUUGGUUUGACUUUUGCUCUUUUCCCCUCUAAUCGUGGGAGAGAAAUAUAAGCUAUUGAAAUUGGCCUGUUUGGAGGGAAUGUUUUUGUUUUUUUCAUUUUUCACUAUUUUUAAAUGAGAUUUAUUUCUAGAAAUAAAUGGUUUUAUGCUGAAUGUGACUGAUCAUUAUUGUAUUUCUCCAGCUACCAGCAAAGGAGGGUUUCCUGUCACUCGGGUGAUUUGUCACGAAAGUGUCAUUUAUGUCACGGGUGAUGUAAGUCACAGAAGUGAGGCACAAGGCCUCCUUCCUCGCAUGACAAGACAGUGAGAAACAUUUUUCCCUCCCUUCCCUCCGUGAGCUUUAUUUUACCCUAGGGAGUAGCGGGUGUGCCCUCACCUUUGCUGGGAUAAUGUUCUUGUGUAUCGGGUUUUCCAAGCGUUAUAUGCUUUAAUUUAAUAAACGGCCACUCCCGUGGCCAAAAUAUCCGACAAUGGGUUUGUGAUUAUUUUGCGUCCCAGCAAACAGAGCUCACCCAAAGCAAGACUCUGCCAACAUCAAUAACUUUCGUAAUAUGUAAAGGAACAUGAAGCAUAAACAACUAUUUUAAAAAUUAAAAAUUUAUGAAUACUUAAAUCUCCUUUGCGUGAGGUUAGGCAUUGUUCUGUCCGCUAAAGUCUAAUUCCUGGACGCAGAAACGUUGUGCUUUUUGAAGUUUAUUAUUGUGCUUUGCCCUUUGACAACCCACAGGCGGCCCAGACGUCGUAUGUGUCACAGAAUGAAUAUAUUAAUAUCCACAUGGACAAAUUAAUGCGAUGAGUCGUCGAAACUCCCAUGGACUAAAAUAGUCUAAAAGUCAAAAUAUAACAAAACAAAGCUAAGAUACCUUUAACUGAACGUAUCCUUGUCUUUCCUGGCCGGUUUAAGUGGCAUUUUGUUGAGUUUUGAAAUUGUAGGUACUAUCCACUAAAGAAGAAUUAAAGGCUGGCUACAAAACAAACAGACCAUCUCCACGCGCCUUCACACGAAGCGCUAUAAAUUCGAGAAUAAUCGACGAAUCCGCUCCAAAUAACUAUCGGCUAAUCUGCAGGUAACGUGUGCUCCUGCUUCUGGCUCGCUUGCUCCACAAAACCCAUCGCAACUGCACAAUAAUUGCUCGCUCAUCAACAACCACUGUUGACCUUUACGCUUCGAUAUGACCGCAAACGACCAGGUUUAAUACGCGACGUGAAUAUUCAAGCUUAGCGACCGCGUUCGCGCAACAAUGCAGCACUUGCUAUGGGAGGGAUGGUACCAUUGCUUCCAGGUCAAUCAAUCGGGAAAAUUGUAAUUUUUAAAAAGAUCCAAUUUGCCCAAGGAGCACCGAACAGAUACGAAUCUUAUAGCGGAGCUAAAAAAAAUGAGCGGCAUUGGAAAAAGGGAACAAGAACAUGUACCACAUUUUCUCCAUAAAAGUGAAAACCAGGAAGUUUUCUGGACGUUUCACGUUGCAGUCAUGCAAAUCAACGACGAGGAAAUGUACAAGAAAGUGUGCUGCAAUUAGACCUAUUGUUGUUUUUUUCACAGUUCUGGUCAAGGGCAUCCAACUUUAAUUUUUCACAUUUCACUCACCGGGUUAGGCCAUUUUUUCGUAGAAAGUAAAAUGGAAUCCUAAGUUUUUGUAACUUUCCGCUUUUGUUAAAUGUCUAAAUUAUCGGCG